AUGAGAGGCGCCGCGGGAAGGAGCCGGCCGAGAGCGCGAUGGCUGCCCGUCGUGGGCUUCUGGCUGUGGCUGGGCGUCUCGGAGCGGGCGCUCGCCGCCACGCGCUACGCCAUCCCCGAGGAGAUGCCCAGGGGCUCUUCGGUGGGCAACGUGGUGGGCGACCUGGGACUGGAUCUGGCCCAGCUGCCCGCGAGGAACCUCCGCGUGGUGUCGGGCGGCGGACGAAAGUACUUCGAGGUGGACCUGGGCAGCGGGAAGUUGCUGGUGAGCGAGCGCAUCGACCGCGAGGAACUUUGCGGGGCCCUCUCGCCGUGCGCGCUGAGCCUGGAGGUGGUGGCCGAGAGCCCGCUGGUGCUGUACGGCGUGACCGUGGAGAUCCAGGACGUCAACGACAACGACCCGGCUUUCCAGAGCAAGCAAAUGAAGCUGGAGAUCAGCGAGUCGGUGACCCCCGGAGCGCGUUUCCCCUUGGAGAGCGCGCAGGACCCCGACGUGGGAAGCAACUCUCUGCAGACCUACCAGCUCAGCGCCAACCCGCACUUCGUGCUGGACGUGCAGACGCGAGGCGACGGGACGAAGUAUGCGGAGCUGGUGCUGGAGAAAGAGCUGGACCGGGAGCAGCAGCGGGAAGUGCAGCUGGUUCUCACGGCGAUGGAUGGAGGGACCCCACCCCGAUCGGCCAGCUUGCAGGUGCUGGUUGACGUCCUGGAUGCAAAUGACAACGCCCCUGUCUUCAACCAGUCCAUCUACAGAGCCAGCGUGAAAGAAGACACACCCUUGAACACCCUGGUUGUCCAAACCAGAGCUUUCGACCUGGAUGAAGGCCCCAAUGGGGAGAUUGUGUACUCUUUCAGCAGUCACACCCCUGCCAGAGUCCGACAGCUCUUUGCCCUAGACUCUGCCACUGGAGAACUGAGGCUGAAGGGGUUGCUGGAUUUUGAAGAAGCCAAAUUUUAUGAGAUUUAUAUCCAGGCAAAAGAUAAGGGUUCAAAUCCUGGUGUCGCUCAUUGCAAAGUGCUGGUAGAGAUUGUGGAUGUGAACGACAACACCCCAGAAAUAACAGUGACGUCGGUGUACAGCCCAAUACCAGAAGACGCGGCUCCAGGGACUGUGAUUGCUUUGCUGAGUGUCACGGAUCAGGACUCUGGUGAUAAUGGCCUAGUAAAUUGCUUUAUACCUUCUGGGAUCCCUUUUGCCCUCAGCUCUUCCCUUAAAAACUAUUAUACCUUACAGACCAAAGGACCCUUGGACAGGGAACUUGUCUCUGAGUACAACAUCACCAUCACAGCUCAGGAUGCAGGCACACCCUCACUCAUGGCAGAAAAGCAAAUACUGGUUAAAGUAUCUGAUGUAAAUGACAACCCUCCUAAAUUUCCACAAUCCUCCUAUGAUGUGUAUGUGGAGGAAAACAACCUUCCAGGGACCCUGAUCUUUAACAUCAGUGCCUCUGACCCGGAUCUGAACCGGAAUUCCCACCUUUCCUACUCCAUCCUGGAUAGUCCCAUGUCCUCGGGAGACUUGGCGGGCAGGUAUUUUUCUAUUAACCGGGAAAAUGGCAGCAUAUAUGUCCUAGUCCCCUUGGACCAUGAGGGCACCAUGGAGUUCAGGCUAGUGGUCCAGGUUCGUGAUGCUGGCCUCCCGCCUCUCGCCACUAACAUCACUGUCAAUGUUUUUGUCACAGAUCAGAAUGACAAUGCACCCAGGCUCUUAUACCCGAACUCAAACAACAGUUCUUCGCUCUCAGAAGUCAUCUCACCCACAGUCAGCCCUGGUUACAUGGUCACAAAAAUUGUGGCCUGGGAUGCAGAUUCUGGUUACAAUGCCUGGCUCUCGUAUUCCUUCCUUCAGGUCACUGACCCAGGGCUGUUCACUGUGGGGCUGCAUUCUGGGGAGAUAAGCACAGCUCGUUCUCUGCAAGAGGAAGAUUCUCGCAAGCAAACAUUGCUCAUCUUAAUAAAAGACAAUGGGGAGCCUGCCUUGUCCUCCACAGUGACCCUUGCUGUAGAUGUAGCAGAGACAUCUAGGGAGACACUGACAGACUUGACUGCUGUGUCCACUACACCCCAAACAAAGAAGCACUUGACUUUCUAUUUAAUCAUUGCUGUCAUCUUGAUCUCAGUGGCCUUCUUUGUCACCGUGGUUGGGGUGGGGAUUUAUAAAUUUUACAAGUGGAGGCAAUCCAAGGAUAUAUUCAAAGCCUCCAGAAGCUCCCUUUAUAGAACCCCGGGGCCUUUCAACCACAUAGACACUGUGCGGAGUGGAUUUACUCCUCCAAACUUCUACCAGCAGGUCCUCACCACGGACUCUCGCCAGAGUGAACUUCUGUACAAAAUGCCCUUUGCUCCCAGCCCUAUGGGGAGCCGCCAGAGCACUAUCACAAGAUGUGACCCUGCAAUAUAUAACCAGCUAAUAAGCACAAAUAAGAGGCUUCUGGUGUCCUCUGAGGUAAUGUAUGCUUGUUGUCCUUCUCCAACAAAGUUGGGAAAUCCCAGCUCUGAGCUUAAGUUGACUUAAAGGCAGACCACUCAAUGUCUUUCUACCCAGAAACAGGGUAGUUCCUGUAGAACACAUUCUUUUUCCUGUUUUCUGUCUCCAUCUAGUGCUGUGUCAUUUAAUAGCAUGAUUAAGAGCCCCGCCUGUUUAACUCCUGUGCAUGUGUUGUUUCCUUCCUACAUUACAUGGAGUUGGGUGGUUUGUUCUUUCUGCUCUGGGUCAGAUCAAUGUGGUCAGCUGUUGUUGGGUUGCAUAGUCAUUGCCUCUGAAGAAUGAUAGCUCCCAGUAAGUUUAUGUUUUACAAAAAAUCAUACUCAAGGAAACAGUAAUGCUGUGUAAAUAAUGGGUUGGAUAAGUAUUGGGAGGCCUUUUGACUUGGGUGCUUCUUCAAGACGCUAAAGGGAGAUCACCUUCAACAUUUCCUUGGGGGCCUAGCCUCUGAUGUAUGUCUGUUUGAUAUUCAUCUAUGAUGGGGUGGAAAUGUAAGACUUAUUCCUUUUCCUUAUGUGUAUGGUGGAAUUGAACCUAUUCUCUAUGUAGCCAAACAUGAGUAGGAGUAGGGGUAGGAGUAGGAGUAGCAGAAGAAGAAGAGACAUUAGAACAGGGCUCUGAUGGCUUCUCAUUCAGACUAAUUUGGUAGGGGGAAAUGGCACUUUCUAUGGAAGCAAUGGCAGCAGCCUUCCAGGGAAGAUGCUCUUCUAUACAAAAGAGACUUCUGGGAAAGAGCCUGCGCAUGGCUGCCUUUCAGAAGGAGGCCUACACACAGGACCAGCCACCAGGUGUGCACCCCCAAAUUAGUUUACCUGGAGGCCGCAGCAGGUGGUGGCAAGGAUGGGCAGCAGCAUGAGGAUGGUGAGGAGAGAUGGUGCUCCCUUGCCCUGAUGCUGAGAAAUGCCAUUUUCAUUUCCCCUCAGUGCUUCUGGGCCCCAAUAUAGCACCACUAUGUUGAAGUGAGGCCCAGAGGCCCUGGGACCGUUGGAGAAGGUGGCAGCUGUUGCCACUUGGUUUGGUGCUUCUGUUCCCAAUGAAGGGCCCUGUGCUUGUUAUUUUAAGAAAUCGAGGGGGUUGCGGGUAUUGCUCUGGGGCCUAUGCUUGUCAGAGGACCCAGACUUUGAGUUUUCAUUUAAAAAACGUAAGAGCCUAGCCCUUCUAGAAAUGAAGUUAUCAAGCAAAAUGUGUGAGUACCCUUCUAAGUGAGUGAGCCAGCCCAGCUAUCCCCACCUUUCAGUGUUUUUAGCAAAUGAGUGACGUCUGAGCUGUGGUUGAUGAGUAAGUUGUUUGGACACCAGGCUAUAGAAUAACUGGUGUCUUAAAGAGCUGCCAUUUCCCUCUUCCAUCCAGUGCACUUUUCUGCCCCGCUUGUUUCAUUUUCUAGUCCCUGGAAUUUCUGUUAUUUAGCCAAUCUGUUCUUUCUACAAAACAGGAUGCAUCUUUCCUGUGGUAAGUUGGUCUAAGAUCAGGUACUCACUAUAAGUUAUUUUCUGUAAAUAUUAUUACACAAUAAGUGUGGGUAGAUGUUAAAGAAUACCCCACCCUAUAGCAAGUGCAAAAUGUGAAAAGUAUGCAAAGAGGCUUGGGCAUUCUGUCAUACCAACAUUUCUCCAAUGAAAAUAGGGACGUCCCAUUCCAUAAUGAUAAUUUUACUAUUUACCAUAUUUUUUGCUCUAUAAGACUCACUUCUUCCCUCCUAAAAAGUAAGGGGGAAUGUGUGUGCGUCUUAUGGAGCGAAUGCAGGCUGCGCAGCUAUCCCAGAAGCCAGAACAGCAAGAGGGAUUGCUGCUUUUACUGCGCAGCGAUCCCUCUUGCUGUUCUGGCUUCUGAGAUUCAAAAUAUUUUGUUUCUUGUUUUCCUCCCCCAAAAACUAGGUGCAUCUUGUGGUCUGGUGCGUCUUAUAGAGCGAAAAAUACGGUAUAUCCACACAUCUUACUGAGUUGCCCCAGCCACUCUGGGCAGCUUCCAACAUAUAUAAAAAACUUCCCUUCCCUAUACAGGAUUGCCUUCUGAUGGCUUGCAGGCCGCAUAAAAUUGAGGGGGCCCAGUCCCCUGCUUAAUUGGAGGGGCUCAGCUCCCCCCCCCAUGUUGUCCCUGAUCAGGUGGGAGAUAGUAGAGAUGCUACGCUACUAAGAUAAUGUGUUCCCUGUUGAAUGUCCAGGAAAACAUAGGCAGCCCCAUCAUAGAGUUCAUAUCAAAAGUCAAUAAGUGAAAAGAUAAUGCAAUAUGUUAUUGUAUGAAAGUGAAUAUUAACUAGAGAUUUUGCCUGCAAUCCAGAAAAGCUACUGUGUAGAGAGGAGAAGGAGGAGUAAUAACAACAACAAUAGCCAGGUUCUUUCUCACAAUGCCUACAAAGCACACCGGUCAACACCUACAUAGGUGAGCUUUUUCUGACUCUUCCACCAGCUGCACAAAGCUAUUGUGCUUUAGGGUUUCUGAGUCUCAAGGUUUUACCUAAAGUUUCAGGCUUCAGCUUUCUUUUGGGAAUCACAAGUGGCAGGCUACUUUCAGCUUGACUUAAAUGUUGUUGUCUUGCACCCCAUCCCCAUUCUGUCCAACAGUCUUCCCCCCUAAAAUACCAGGCAUAGGCAAACUGCCCAGGAGGCAUCAAAUUCCCUUCCUUCCCAGGCUCCUCUCAUAUUCUGAUCACUGAUAAUAUUAGGUAGCACUCGUGUGACACUCAUUUUAUCUUGUUAUUGUGUAACAGCAGAAGGCUGGCAGUGAAUAUGUUAAUUGCUGGGAUUGUAUGUACAUGCUAGUUUCCUUUGAAAUAUUCAUGAACAUUUUCACUCUGAAGAGAGCACUUUGUGUGUCUUGUUUGUAAGAUUUCCUCACAGAGGCCCAGUUCUCACCAAGAUGGUUAAUCUGUUUCUAGGCUGUACCAUUUCAGAUUGCAGAUGAAACCCACAUCUUUGAAUGUUCCUGCGUACAAAGAAUUCAGAGCUCUGUCAAAGCUAGAUGUCAGGAAGAUGGAUUCUAACCUUGGGGUGGCUGGCAUGGAGGAGCAUACAGCCAUCUUGAGUCCCCACCUGCAGUCUGAAGUGGUACAGCCCUGACUCAGGUGUACAACCUCAUUGAGAACUGAGCCAGAAGCACAAUUCCUAUAAUUCCUUGGGAAUGAUUGCUGCACCAGUUUGAAUCUGCAGUGUAGAUACAUGCUCAGGGUGCAUUCUGCUACACAAUUAGAUGCUAUAGGCAGGAAGUUGUUUUAGGGUACAGUGAUAAACUGCGGCUUUAUGUGGAGAGGGUGCUGGAAGAAGGACCAGGAAGCCCAGAGAUUGCAAGAGUAAAGGAGAGGUUGCCAGAAAGCGUCUGGCUCCAGGCCAGUUCUCACCCCUGAUAGUUUGUGAAUAGCUUUCAGGGCCAUCAUUUCAGUGAACUGGUUUUGAGUCUUUGUACCUGGUUAAUUUGGCAUUUAGUAUUUGGCAUCUGAUAUCCGAACAUGUUUUAGAGCAAUGUGGUACCUAACCUUUCGGCUGUGUGGGAAAUAUAUAUACACAUUCACAACAGUAAUUGAUAUUUUGUAUGUAGCUUGCUUUUAUUUUAUACCUUGAGUUGUAAAUUGUGCAUCAACUUUUAAUUAAUUCAUCAUAGGUUUUUAAUAUGCUGUAUUCUGCUUGGUUUGGUUUGUGAGCCACCCAGAAAACUGCUAUAGGGCAGCCUUAUAAAUGUAAUAAUGAUGAUGAUGAUGAUGAUGUUAAUUCAUCGAUAACUGAUUAGUGAUUUCAUCUGUACUUUUAAUUUGUUGUUGAGAUUUAAAUUAUUAUUGUUUAUUAUUACUAUUCUGAUGCCAAAAGGGUUGCAUUGCUGUUAUCAAUUCAUAAUUAGGCUUUCUUAACUGCCAUACAUGUUGCUUUGCUUGAAAUGGUUGACAUGUGAACCCUGAGAUCCUUGGAAAUUGUUUUAGCUACGUUUUCCUACCCAAAAUUACAUAGUCUGGGAGAUUGUUGAGAAAAUGACUAUGAUCAGAAAAAUAGGGCGGGCAAAAGAGACAGCGGAAGAGAGGUGUGUUUGUGUGUCCGUGUGUGUCCUGUCAAUAGGCAUUAGCAAUUCCAGCACAAUAUGAUGACCCUAAGCUGAUGUACUCUUAAAGCUGCACCAGAUCCCACACUUAAUCUGUACAGGCAGAACCAUUAGUUUCUUUAGUGUUUUUAACAAAAGUUAGAAUGAUGCACAGAGGCUUUUCAUUAGUAGGCCAUCUGGCUCUAAAAUAUGCAAAACCAGGGCAGACUCUCACCAAAUAUAAUCAGGGCUCCUUCACGUAUUACUGAAACAAUGUGAACAUUUAGUGUGUCCAUUACAUUUGCAGUUGAGGAGGCUGUACUUAUUAAAAUCAUAUGUGCUUGAAAAUAUGUUGCAAGGGGCCAGGACCUGCUGCGCUUUGUGCACUGAAAUAAAUGCAAGCGACAGCUUCAUAUGCUGUGGGGUUUACUGCCAAACACACUGGUCUUCUAGUUUGUAACAAGUAUCCCUGAAUUAUAGGACGUUGAGAUUGGAAAGAAGAAAUCUCACUUUGAAAAUUAAGAUGAGCAUAUAUGCAGCCAAAGCAACACAGGAGAAUCCAAGAUCAGAAACUUUAUGAUUAAAUACAUCUAAUCUAGAGCAAUGCAAGAAAGUUACCAUAUUUGUUUUUCUGUAAAGAUAAUGGAAGACAAAGAGUGGAAAGAGCUGGCUAACAUCAUGCUGUCUAGCCAUCUGCCACUGGAUGAGAUUUGACAGCAAUAAACAUACACAAUCCCUGCCCAGAGACCCCACUCAAGAUCUUAUGGUGCCUUUCACAAACGAGUUUAGUGUAGGGGGAUGGGAGAAUGUAAUGAAACUUACUGUAUGUUGACCCCCAACAUUUAAAAUUUCCCUCUUGCUUGCUUGUCUACAAUCUUGAACCUAGAAAAUAGUCAUUGACUGUCCAAAAAGUCUAAAGCAAUCAAACUCAAUCACAUUUCAGAUUUUGAAGUGAGAUAUCAGUCUCCCCACUCUUCUCAAAUCCUAAUUACAAGGUCUCCCGUUUCUAUUGUUGAAAUGUUUUCCUUUGCACCAAAUAUUUAUUGUGAUUUCAUUAAAGACAAGGGUUUAAAAUACAGAAUUUCUUUUCCAUUCCAUUAAGUUAAAUGGCACAAGUGUGCAUUAGGAACUGAUAUGAAUGCUUCUCAUCAAAUACUGUUUCCUGUGAAGUUUAGCACAGUGUCCUGUAGUAUAAUUCAUGUGUGUUGGUUAAACCAAGCCAAGUGGCUUUGCAUCUUUCAAAGCCACUUAGCUUGCUAUGCAGCAUUCGUAGCUCUGUGAACCAAGACUGUAUAUAACUAGUUAGAAAUAUCUGUACAGUAUGCGUGCUAUUUGCGACUAAAUGGAUUCUGAAAAUAAAUAGGAUUGCAAAGCUGAAUGUUAUGUGCAGGUGAAUUCAAGAGAAGCAAGAGUGUAUAAAGACAUUGGUAUUAUCAAGAUAAGAACAUUCAUUAUAAAGAAUAGUAUCCUUAAGUUUUUUUAAUGUGUUUCCUCAGGCAUUAGAAAAGGCAGAAUCACUAAGUCAAGGAAUGUAUUUGAUAUCGUGAUUUUGUGUAUUGUAAUAUAUAAAUACAAACUCUUGAGCUGAAGAAAAUUGCUCUUGAUGUAGCCUGAGUCCAGAAUCUCAAGGUGCUUCCACCCUGCAGCAGUUUUGUGGAUGCUGCUAAUUGUUCUGUGCUCUCUGCCCAGGCACUGUGCCAAUCCCUGACCAUUACUAGUCCAAGUGGACUAGAAGGGUGAGUUUAGGUUACAUAGAAAUCAUAGGAAAGAACGGGAAAUUGCAUCCCCAAACGACUGCUAUAUAAUAGUUGAUUAGUGAGAUGAUAACUGUGGAAAUAGAUUUUUACUGCUUUGAAAGGAACCUGUAAACUGUGAGUCCCUGUGUACAUGUGAGUCAAGCUCCUUCAUGGAGUCAAAAUGGAUGUAAAAAGAUCCAUGGAAAUGUAUCAGGCAGAAGUGGGAAAUGCAGGUGUUGACGAUUCCUACCCUCUCCAGGGCCUGUGACACAGAGAGAUAUUUAGAGUCAGAGAAAUUAACAUUCCUUGGUUAGUAGAACAAGCAGCAGUUCCGUCAUCACUUACUUGUUAAGACUUUCUUGUCUGUUGAUGUGAAGAGAUCUGAACUUACUUCUUUGAAAAACAUUGACUGGGAAUUAAGGAAGUUGAGCAUUGCUUGGUCCUGAAGGCUCUAUAUUGGAGCAACACCUUACUUAGUAUGGCAAUUCCGUAUAUAGGGGGACUCCACCCAGUGCACCAUUAUGUGACUAUUGGGAAGUCACAGCUGUGGUGAAAAGGAGGCUUGCCUAUAAAAUAGAAGCUAUAAGUUUAAUGUUAAAAUGAGGUGGACGUCUUUGCCAUGGAACAUAUGGUGGUGCACAUUUUUUAUGUCCCCAAAUGCCCAAAAGAUUGUACCUUGGUCAAAACAAACUUUGUCCGUGCCAGAGAGCAUGUCUCUGCACAUAGCAAGCAGCUCACUCCAGAGGCAGUGGAGCAGCAGUGAUUGCCAGUAUUCCCAGAUGCUUGCGUUUAAAGCCAUGGACCGUGUUUCAAAACCAGGUUUUAGUCACAAAUACUCCUCUGGACAGUGAAGACCAAUCUAGCUAACAGAAUAACAAAUGCAAUACGAACAACCUGUGAUCAUUGCCCUAUAUUAUCUGCACAGUACUCCUGGAGAAGGACCAUCACCGUAAACACAUUCUGUCUGUUUCAUUUCUACUGUGAAAUCUCACACACGGGAGGUGCCCAGCUUCUCAUCCACACAUGAUGCCACUAGGAGCAAAUCCAGGUGCUUCCAAUGCAAGCACAUAAAACAGAGGACACCACUUUUUCAACAGCAGUGUGCCUCAUCUACCUCUUCACUGAAGUCUACCAUGACAACAUUCAGAAGGCAUUGUCUACCUUUAGGGGAGAGAAAAUACUUCUAUUCAUAGAUUUCUUUCAUCUUUUCCAGGAAGUCCAUGAAUCUCCUUGACCUGACCCCUUCCCUAACAUCUUAGUUGUCUCCACUAUGGAAGCUGUUUGUUGGGAACAUCAGGGACCAGGUUCUUGCUCAUAAAACUCUUUUUAACCUUGCUCCUCCUAACCUUUGACUCCAGAGGCUUAAAAAUUUCCUUUGUGAUGUCAUGGUUUAUUCUGUUUUGUGCACUGGCUGCAAAACUCCUGAAAUUUAGGAAAGGGUAUAUGGAGAGACUCUUAGUAUACUCCAUUUGGAGAACAAAGGCCAUAGUGGGAAUGAGCUUUGAAGAGCUCUCCUGCAUCGGUUAUUGAAUGCCAUUCAUUUAAAGGAAAUUCAGGCAGACAAUCAAUGGGUCUUUUAACGUGAUCUUAUAUCCAGCAAAUGGCAGUAUAUCACUUAAUUGUGCAGCCACUGGUGUUUGUUGCAUUCUGUUUUUUAAAAAAUCUGCAAAAUAUGCAGUUUGCUGGUUUAGCUUAUAACCCCAACCAUUCCAAACAAAGAGUGUUCAUUAUUGAAUUUAAAUGCUUGUGACAUUCAUUAAUGAAUUCAAAAGCUUGUAAUGACAUAGGAUUUAUUGUUCAUAUAAUUAUCUUGGGAAAUCCAGUCACUGACAGCUGGCGAAUGGGCUCCCAGCUCUUCUUCAACAUUUGCACUGGCGCUUUAAGACCUCCCCCACACCAUUGCUGGAGCUGGGGAGGGGGAGAAUGGGUGGUCCAUUGCAAACAGCCAGGCGCUUUCUUGAUUCCAGGAGCCCUGUAUCUGCUUUGAUGGACAACAAAGCUCCUCCCCUCUUGAUUCCGAUACGGACUAGGCACCGCCGCUGUUUUCUGUGGAAGAAAAACAGAGAAAAGAUGCAGAUGGUGCGCCGCUUUCUCAUCCCUUGCGCGACCUAACCCGGGAUUCUGUGUUGUUUCCUUGGCUGUGCUGGAAUCAGAGAGGACAGAGGUCCAGCAAAGGAAGAGGAAAUUUUGGCGACAUUAUGCUGUCUCUGGAAGAAAGACUACUCCUGCCAUGGCAAGUAAGAGCUUUGCUUUUGGUUUCUGUCUCUCUCCAGAGUGCUGGAGAGAUGACCCAGCUCCAUUAUUCGAUUCCUGAGGAGUUAGCUCCUGGGGCCUUUGUUGGGGAUGUGGCUAAAGACUUGGGUCUAGAUGCUGCCCGGGUGGUCUCCCGACAGCUGCAGAUCAUGGCUGGCUCUGCUGAAAAGUACUUCGAAGCCAAGGUGCCAAAUGGUCUCUUGGUCGUGAAAGAACGGCUUGACCGAGAGCAGCUUUGUGGGCCCAGCUUACACUGCCUGCUCUAUCUGGAGCUCCUACUUGCAAACCCAACAGCCUCCCAUCGUGUGGAAGUUGAGCUCUUGGAUGUGAAUGACAACGACCCGGUUUUUCUUACCAGUCUAACCCAUUUGGAGAUAGCAGAGUCUGCAAUGCCAGGGGCCCGCUUCCCCCUGGAAAGUGCUGAAGAUUUGGACAUUGGCAUGAAUUCAGUCAGCACCUACCAGCUGAGUCCACGUGGACAAUUCAGCCUCAGUGUUAAGUCACAUAAAGGCGGCAGCAAACCUGAGCUGGUGUUAGAGAAGGCGUUGGAUAGAGAACAGCAGCAGCGCUACCCCCUGGUGCUUACAGCCCUGGAUGGAGGAGUUCCUGCUAAAUCCGGGACAGCAAAGAUUCUCGUGUCAGUAAUAGACGCCAAUGACAAUCCACCUGUCUUUAACCAAUCAGUGUACAAAGUUAGCCUACUAGAAAAUGCCCCAGUAGGGACCCUUGUGAUACAUUUACAAGCUACAGACAAUGAUGAGGGGGCAAAUGGGAAAGUUUCCUACUCCUUCAGCAGCCACACUCCACAGAAAAUCCGGAAAAUGUUCAGCCUUAAUGAGGAGACUGGGGAGAUAAGAGUCCUGGGAAGUGUGGAUUAUGAAGAUGACACAUUGUAUGAAAUUGAUGUGAGGGCCAAAGACCAAGGGUCACCUUCCAUGGAUGCACACUGCAACAUCUUAGUGGAGGUAGUGGAUGUGAAUGACAAUGAGCCUAUCAUUAGGUUCACUUCCCUCACCACCACCAUACCAGAAGAUGCUCCCCCAGGUACCACAGCAGGGCUCCUCAGAGUCAGUGACGCAGAUUCUGGGGAAAAUGGAGAAGUACAGCUUCAUCUCCCUGCAGAUAUCCCGUUCCAGAUUGUACCUUCCUUCAAGAACCACUACUCUCUGAUCACCAGUGGCCCCCUAGAUCGGGAGGAAAUCUCACAGUACAAAGUUAUGAUCACAGCUACGGAUUCUGGUUCUCCACCUCUCUCCAGUCAAAGAAACUUCCUUAUAAAUAUAUCUGACCUGAACGAUAACCCACCCCACUUCUCACAGCCUGCAUAUGAGACCCUCGUAACUGAGAACAAUGCUCUGGGGCUGCCAAUCAUUUCUAUAUCUGCCUUUGACCCUGAUCUGGGGCAGAACUCACACCUGUCUUAUUCGUUAGUGGAGCAUAUCAUAAAUGGAAUGCCCAUUUCCUCCUAUGUCUUUGUUAUGGAGAACGGUACUAUCUACAGUGGCUGCUCAUUUGACUAUGAGCAAACCCAGCAACUGGUUUUCCAGAUUCAAGCUAAGGAUAAUGGUUCUCCUCCACUCUGUGCCAAUGUGACUGUCUCCAUCUUCAUCAUAGACCAGAAUGAUAAUGCUCCUCUCAUUGUAUACCCUGUAACCAAGAAGGGGGUCCUAGCCCAGCAGCCAGUCCCUUUUUCUGCACAAGGAGGUUACCUGGUAACCAAAGUCACAGCUGUGGAUGCAGACUCUGGGCAGAAUGCAUGGGUUUCUUAUAAGCUGCAGCAAGCCACAGACCCAAGCCUUUUCCAAGUCUCGGCGUUCACAGGAGAGAUCCGAACCGUCCGAGCCCUCCUGGAACAAGACGCCCCUUCCCAAGAGUUGGUUGUUGAGAUCUUGGACAAUGGGAAGCCACCUCUGUCUGCCACAGCCACUCUGAUUCUUAAUCUAGAGCAUGAGCAUGAGUUGGGCACAGCAGACCUCAGAGAGUCCAGCAUGGAACAAGAAGGGCUGUCUCACCUGACCUUGCAACUCAUUAUUGCUCUAAUCACAAUCUCAGGACUUUCUGCUCUGGCCUUUGUGUUUUUAGCUAUGAAGUGUCUUAAAAGAUUGAAAGGAAGACACUCAGAUGUGGGUUGGACCAGCGACCUGAAGGGUAGGAACUCUAUUCCUGUGGGAGGACACUUUGACACGUUCUCAGUACGCUUGAGCCAGGAGGAAAAAAUGGAAUUCCCUACAGCCUUCAUUGGGGGAGAUGUUGUUUCUCCUUUUACCCUCCUAAGGCCUGGCCAGACCCACUUUUCAGAAGGGAGGAAUUUCAGGAUAGCUACACCAGUCACUCAGCAGGAUAUCAACAGCACAGGCACACUUCUGGCCUGCAGCCUUUCCCGAGAGCCAAACGAGGUGAGGCAUGAAAUACUGUUCUAUAACUAUGUCGUGUAGCACCCUGUGAUUCUGUAACAAUCUCCAGGGAUAGAGGUCACAGAUGCAAUGGCAAUGUCAGGCAGCCUUUGUGUUAAGGUGGUCAGUUUGUAAAUUAAAAAGCAUUUUGUUGGAUUUGAGAUUCUUCAAGGAGAUAGGCUAUUUUAGAAGAAUCUUGGGAAGAUUAUCAGUUGUUCACCCUGUGGAUAUUUGGCAAGAAGUAAUGCUUUUAAACUACUGGUACUUAGAUUUGGGUUAACAAGCAGCAAAAAGUUUCUAACCGAAAAAUAAAUCCAGCAGUUAAAUGAUUUUCCAGGGGAGAUUGUCAAAUAUUUGUUUUUUCUGAUGUUUUUGAAAGCUUGGUGGAAAGAGGGGAAAGAAAAGGUGCUAAGGGUCAUAAGUCGGGAGUGCAUCAAGAAUGAGGCACCCCAUCUUAAGAAAAAUGGUCCACUCACUGAGUCCAUCACAGUUCUGUGAAUCUGUACUUGGGUGUCUCGUUAUUGGAAAGUGCUUUAACACCACAGCUUAAAAAUUACUUGGUAUGUGGGUCCCUGACAUUCAAAGCCACACCACGGUCUUUGGGUUACAAUGGUUCUACUUAGAAAUACUGCUGCAUUGAUUGUGGUGUUCUAAUUUUGGAAAGGCCAAUGAAUAGAGCUGGGAGGCCUUAAGCAAUUUUGAAGAUUGUGCAUUCUUCACUGUGUGGUGGAGGUUCCCAUGUCUGCAUUUGAAAAUGAACAUUCUGAAAGGGUCUGUUUUGCCUUGGUAAUGACUAAGAGUUUUAAAUGCAUUUAUUGAAGCUGCGUUGCAAAAUGCUAAAGCACUUUCUGUGAGAGUUUCUCCCUAUCUUUCCUCUUUUCGACUGUAAGAAAUACCUUUUUCACUGCAAGUGAAAAAUCGGACCAGUUGUUCGCCAGAGAGACUAUGAUUCUGUAUCCCCUACAGCUGAGAGUUUGUCUUUUGUUCAGAUGAGAUGGAAUGAAUCUAGCUAAUGUGAACAAUGAGGAUUUGUACCGUUCAUGCUUCCCGGACGUGCUGUUUCCUUGAGAACAAGAAUCUGAGCUGCUAAACUUAGCUGCCAAAACCAGUGGCAAACCAGCCUCUUGGUUACAUUUAGGGUUGAGGUAUGGGGGUGAUCAGUCCUGGUCUCCCAACUUCAUGUGCUGCAGCAGCUUUAAGAGUGUAGGUGGACUUGUCACUGGUGGAGAGUGGAUGGAGCUGUCAUCUAGUCAGGUGCUGAUCCAGAUUUUGGGGGGAGGGGGGAUCAGCUCUUUCUGCCUUGACUUUCCUUCUCCGUCGCUAUGGCUGUAAUUCAGCUUCCCUCCCCCAAUCCACCCCCUCAACUCUCUGACUAACAUUCUGUUGCUGCAGCUAGGCAAGCUCAAAAGCUACUUUAACUCAUUUGGAAGGAAAUACCGAGGGAUUUGAAAAACAGCAUUCAUCCAGGUCCUGGAGCCUCCUUAUCCCUGGGAUAUCACAAAGACUCCUUCUGGAAGGGGACUUUUUUCUGAAAUGGAGCCACAUUUGUCCCGGCAACCCUCUUUCAAAUGGCAAGUACUGGGUUUGUUUUUGAUGUUCAGCCGGGCGUUGGUUACAGGACAGAUCCACUAUUCCGUGGUGGAGGAAUCGGAGCUGGGCACCGUGGUGGGAAAGGUGGCUCAGGACUUGGGCUUAACGGUGGCAGACCUUUCCCGUCGCAGGCUGAGGCUGGGCUCUGAGGAGAGCAAGAGGUACUUUGCAGUUAACUUGGCCAACGGUGCUCUGAUAGUGAAUGAAAAGAUAGACCGAGAGACCCUGUGUGGAGCAAGCUCGGGGUGCAUUUUGCCAGUCCAAGUAGUCAUAGAAAACCCCUUGGAGCUCUUUCACCUGGAGGUAGAGAUCCUGGACUUAAAUGACAAUUCCCCCGGUUUCCUCACCCCCAAGCUUGUGCUGAGGAUAGCAGAGUCUGCCGCCACAGGGUCUCGCUUUCCACUGGAGAGCGCUCAUGAUGCGGACGUGGGGACCAAUGCAGUCAGUGUCUACCGACUCAGCCCCAACCCCCACUUCUCACUUAAUGUAAAGAAUGUGAACGAUGGCAAGCUUUUACCUGAGCUGGUGCUAGAGCAACCUUUGGACCGAGAGCAACAAUCGGAACACCAGCUCAUCCUGACUGCCUGUGAUGGGGGGGACCCUGUACUGUCAGGAACAGCUCUGAUCACCAUUGUGGUCCUGGAUAAUAAUGAUAAUGAGCCUUCAUUUGACCUUCCUCUGUACAAGAUAAGAUUUUCGGAGAACAUCCCUGUAGGCUCUUUGCUUUUCAGACUUAAUGCAACUGACCCUGAUGCAGGUUCUAAUGGGGAAAUACAGUAUUCCUUUGGAAUCCACACACCUGAUUCCAUCCAGAAGUUGUUUGGCUUGGAUCCCCACACAGGUGAGAUCCGUGUCCAAGGAGUUGUGGAUUUCGAAGAAUCUCAUUUUUAUGAGCUUCAUGUAAGGGCCAGGGACAAGGGCAUUCCUCAAAUGGAAGGCCAUUGUGUAAUCCAAAUGGAAGUUGAAGAUGAGAACGACCACCCCCCAGAGGUUCUCCUUACCUCUCUGGUAAACCCCGUGCCAGAAAACACCCCUUUAGAGACAGUGGUAGGGCUUUUCAAUGUGCGAGACCAAGAUUCAGGUGCCAAUGGAAAGGUGAGCUUACAAAUAUCACCAAACUUGCCCUUUAAAAUUAAAUCUUUUGAAAACCACUAUUCUUUGAUUACCUCUGAGAAGCUGGAUAGAGAAACAGUUUCUCGAUACACUAUCAAGUUGACGGCCCAAGAUUCAGGGUCCCCACCUCUAACCACAGAUGUCACCAUCUUGCUGAACAUUUCAGAUGUUAAUGACAAUGCCCCGUACUUCUCUCAGCCCUUCUACAACUCCUUCUUGAAGGAGAACAAUCCACCUGGCUCUCUGCUAUGCGCUGUGGCGGCCUCUGAUCCUGACGAGGGGGACAAUUCCCGGCUCACGUACUCAGUGGCAGGAAGCCCAAUUCAAGAUGCUCCAGUCUCUUCUUUCAUUUACGUCAACCCAGACAAUGGGAAUGUCUAUGCCCAGCACUCUUUUGACUAUGAAACGCUGCAGGUGCUGCAAAUCCCCAUCAUGGUGCAUGAUGCUGGGUCCCCCCAACUGAGCUCCAGUGUCACUGUCUACCUCUUCAUAAUGGAUCAGAAUGAUAACACGCCUGUUGUUUUGCACCCAGUGACUGGUCGGGAACUGUCUGCAAUCCAGAGGAUCCCUCAGUCUGCAUCAGCAGGCUAUGUGGUCACCAAAGUCACUGCCGUGGAUGCAGACUCUGGCCACAAUGCCUGGCUUUCUUACUCCUUGCUUUCCCAGUCUACUGACCCCUCCUUGUUCCGAGUGGCUCCCUACACUGGGGAAAUCUGGACUGUUCGGGAGUUCCAGGAAACAGAUCUCCCAGCACAGAAAAUCCUUGUACUAGUGAAGGACAAUGGAGAACCACCUUUGUCUACCACCGUCACCAUCGUGGUCUCAUUGGAGGAUAAAGUAACUGAGGAAAGGCCCCAGUCUCGUGAUUUCCUGACUCACCCCAAAGAAAAAUCUGACCUGACCCUCUAUCUGAUUAUUGCGCUGGUGGCAGUUAGCAUUGUGUCCCUUGUUACGUUCAUAAUCUUGUCUGCAAAAUGCUUUCGGAAUAAAAAAGCCAGGGGUUCUUCUUGCUGCAGCCUGAGUGGUGCUCCUGCCAGGGAUGUUUUCAAACAAUCCAGCCCUAAGCUUCAACUGAACUCAGAUGGCACAUUGAAAUACAUGGAGGUCACACUCAGGCCCACAGACUCCCAGAGCCAGUGCUAUAGAGCCAGCUAUUCUCCCGGCUCGGACAGAAGUGAUUUCACCUUUAUGAGGCCUGUGGAUUAUCCUCAACCAAGUACUCUGACGAGAGACUUUGACACUUUCUUAUCUCGUACUGAUACACUGAACCAUCCCAGGCAGGUGAGGUGGCAUUUUGUCCUUUUUCUCCUUUCCCACAUGAAACUGGUAUCUCCAGUAACACUUUGAAACUUGACUGAGGGCUGAUUCAUCGGUUAUCAGAAUAGGGUGGGGCCUCCUUCUUCAUAAUCUAACCCUGCACCACAUAGUCAUAACGCCUUGGGAAAGAGAGAGCAGGAGAGUGGGGAAAAUUACAUUGAUUUCUUCCCACAAAUUGCUGCCUUUUAAUGAGAGAAAGUGGGUAGGGGAGCAGGGACUGGAACUAGGAUGUGAACAAUAAGAAAAUGAUAAUUUAAAAUCAUCCUUCAAAUGCUGCCUGUCACAUAGUUAGCUCUUCAUAUUUUUGCAACUGCUAAGUCCCCCCCCCAUACAAUUAGAUUUCUUUCCCUGAGAAAAACCAAUCACUCCUUUGAGUUUUUACAUUGGAAGGGUGGAGUCUAAGGCUUCUGAAAUACCGGUAAAUAAAGCUAGAUAUUAAUUUGGUAGCCUAGAAAUAACUAAAAGAGAUUGAUCUGGAAGCUUAGGAUGGGGUAAGAGGAACUAUUGUUUCCUAGAAUUCAUUGAAUUAUCUUUGCUCAUAAAAAUGACAAAUCAGCUGUUCUGUUGUGGAUGUAAUACGUGAGGAGUCAGUGUGCUUUUAGAGCAAACAUUUCUUUGCAGCGUAUGCUUCUAAGAGUCCUAUAGCUAGCACAGAAGCCAAAACCAGACAAGAUUUUGGGCUUUGUUUUCCAUUGUCUGCCGUUUAGCCUGGUGUCUCUAGGUUAAAAACAGCAGGUUACGCGGUCCUUUUUCACACAGUAGCAACUUCCAGACUUGGAUUGGUGCGUGUGUUGCUGUCCUGGGAAGGAGGCUGCUGAUUGGAUAAAUAGAAAGGCAGUCUCAGCCAAUGAGCAGGAGGUUAGCAUUGAAGAUCUGCGGUGUGUACCACUCCCCUCCUGUGUCAAUCUCUCUCAAACCAAAACAAUGAAUGAGAGAGGUAAACACUGACCACAGACCCUUUUCCUCUCAUAUAUUUCAUAUUUCUUCGAGAUAGGUGGUGAAUCCUCCAGAGGUUUAAAGAGAUACUGCCUGCUAUAUUUAGCUCCUGUUUUGCAGUUUUAGAGCUUCCUGCUGUGGAUUUCAGAAAGAUGCUCAGAACAGAAAACUCUGCCUGGCGUUUGGGACUCGUGCAUGCCUUUGCCUUCUGUCUGUUUCUGAGUGACUGUUUUGCACAGAUCCGUUACUCUGUCCCAGAGGAACUCACUCGAGGAGCCUUUGUAGGAAAUGUUGCUAAGGACUUAGGAAUGGAUGUGACAAAGCUUGCAGCUGCCAAUCUGCAGGUGCUUUCUGAUUCUGACUCCCAGUAUUUCUCUGUGAAUGUGAACACUGGAAUCAUAAUAGUCAAUGACAGAAUAGACAGGGAGCAGCUCUGUGGGCAGAACCUGCGCUGUUUCUUGCAUCUCAAACUUGCUAUUGAAAACCCAGUGGAGUUCUAUCGCAUCGAAGUGGAGAUUCUGGAUAUCAACGACAAUGCGCCUGUGUUCUCAAGUAGCACAAUAUCUCUGCAGAUCUAUGAACUGGCUGCACUGGGUGCCCGUUUCCCCAUCCCACACGCACAGGAUUCAGAUGUAGGAACUAACACUUUACAGACCUACCACCUCAGCGCCAAUGAGAACUUCAACCUCAACGUGAAGGCACGUACAGAUGGCACCAAAUUCCCAGAGCUAGUACUGGAGAAAGCCCUGGACAGAGAGCACAUCGCUGUCCACCACUUGGUCCUGACAGCUGAAGAUGGGGGCAUAUCCCCCAAAUCUAGCGCUAUUCGAAUUGCUGUCCACAUUCUGGAUGCCAAUGAUAAUCAUCCGGUUUUUGACAAACCUACUUAUUAUACUCGCUUAGUAGAAAACUCUCCUCCAGGAACCCUGGUGAUUAAGCUGAAUGCAACAGACUUGGAUGAAGGGCCUAAUGGAGAGGUGCAGUAUUCCCUCAGCAGCCAUAACUCAGAAGCCUUGCGCAGGAUAUUUGCUAUCAAUGAGACUACGGGAGAGAUCCGUGUCCAAGGGAGCCUGGAUUUUGAAGAGGCUAAUGUCUAUGAGAUCGAAGUGGAGGCUAAGGACAUGGGCUCCCCUACUAUGGAGGAACACUGCAGUGUUAUGGUAGAAGUCACGGAUGUCAACGACAAUGCACCUGAAGUUAUUCUCACCUCUUUCUCCAGCUCUAUGGGUGAAGAUGCGCCUCCUGGCACUGUGGUUGCUGUGAUACAUGUCAAGGAUAGAGACUCUGGGGAUCAAGGGAAAGUCCGGUGUGAUCUGCCCAGAAACCUUCCUUUCAAACUUCGGAAAGACUUUGAGCACCAGUAUUCCUUGCUCACCAGUGAGCAGCUAGAUCGUGAGAGCACUCCGCAAUACAACGUCACCAUCUAUGCCUUUGACUUAGGGAAUCCACCUCUUUCUGAGCACACCUCUUUCUCCAUAACUCUGGCAGAUGUCAAUGACAACCCACCUCAUUUUGACAGGCCAUUUUAUGAAGCCGUCAUAGAAGAGAACAAUCCAGUGGGGGUGGUACUGCUUAGAGUUUCUGCAACAGAUUCUGAUAAGGACCAGAACUCCCGUUUGUCUUAUUCUGUUUUGGCGAGCCCAGGGCAAGGAUUGAUUGAGGACCUCACCUCUUAUGUCUCCAUCAACCCAACAAAUGGAGAUGUCUUUGCAGAGAGCCCUUUUGAUUAUGAGCAUACAAAUCAUUUUCAGUUCCUGGUGGAGGCGUGUGAUGGUGGCUCGCCUCCUCUCUGCAACAGAAUCAUGGUGCACAUCUACCUCCUAGAUCAGAAUGACAAUGCACCCUGGAUUCGAUUCCCCUUUACUGGGAAAGAUUCUGUUGUACAGUUCAGAAUUCCACGAUCUACUGCAGCCAAUGCCUUAAUCACAAAAAUUAUGGCAGUGGACUUGGACUCUGGGCGAAAUGCUUGGCUCUCUUACCAUGUAGAGCAAGCCACAGACCCUGGUAUUUUCAGCAUGGCCCUCCGUAGCGGGGAGGUGAGGACUACACGAGCAUUACAGGACAUAGACAAUCCUACCCAGGACCUUGUCCUGGUUGUCAAAGACUCAGGUGAUCCUUCCUUGUCCACCUCAGUCACUGUGAUGGUGCUCUUGGAGGAGAGCAGCCCUGAAACCUUUCUGGGGUUAACAGCUCACUCAGUGGAAACUGAGGGACCUCCCACAUUGACUGUGUACCUUAUCAUCUCCUUGGCAGCAAUUUCCACCAUCUCGCUGAUGGCUUUGGUGGCCUUGGGAGUUCGAUGCCUCCGCCGUGAUUCACGUGCAACAUCUACCAUCUUUGGAUGCUGUGGAAGCAAAGCUGGUGGGCUUCAAGAUGCUUCAGAUCACGUGAUGGGACAUUGCCAUUAUCAGCUGAGCCCUGGAGAUGCCAUGAUAGGAGUGCAAGUGGCCACUUCUGGACCCCCUGCCCGUGGAUACAGAUCCUGCUUUUCUCCUGUCUCAGACAUUAGCGAAUUUGUAUUCAUGAAACCUAAUCUGACACUUAGGACAGCCUCUUGCAGCAAUCUCACUGAACCCAGCUUCCUUGGCAAGGUGAGAAUUUUCCAUGUAGUGUCCCUAUUUUGUUCCAGCCAUGGCACCACCUUUCUUUUCUUUUGAGUUUCCCUGCACCUAGGAGAAGUGCCUGGGGUGGGGGUGAGGAAUCAAUGCGUGGUCUCAAGCAUAGGCUGUGAUACAUUGCACCUAUCUGCUCCAAAGCUUUGUGUGCCUAAUUUUCCUCUCUUUCUUUAUGAGCGGGGGGAGGGGGAGGGGGGAGGGGAUUGAAGUGAAGAGGUUGCAGGAGGGUAGAGUAGCCCCCUCCCCCCCUCCUGGAGUUACAGCUGCCGUCAGCAGCUCGCCCUGUCUGCGUUCUGCACCUUCGAUUCCUGCUAUUCCACCAAGAGGGGCAUCAAGGGAGCUCUUCUGGCCAAUGGCUCCCUUGGGUCAGCCCUCCAAGUCUCUCUGCUGCGCUGGGAAAGGAAUGGGAAGCGCAGGGAGGGAAAACUGGUGGCAAGAGAGAUUGGGGAGGGGGGAGCAGCAGGGUGUGUGUGCGUUUCGGGGAAGGGGCUUCUCUGCUGCUGCUGCCGCCGCCGCCGCCGCCGAGGAGGGAAUUGCCGCUUGUCUGUAUCCAUUUCACAGCCCCUUUUCUCUGCUGCUCCUUUUGCCAAUGAGCUGCUGCUGAUCCGAGCGCUUUAAAAUCCCCCCGCUCUCCCCUCCCGCCUCUCCAGCUGCAGCCCGCGCCUUUCCGCUGCACAGCACCUCUCAGGUCACCCCGGAGCCGCCAGGAGCAGACCUGGGGGGCGGGGCGGGGGGCACCGGACUGCGGCGGGGUCCGGAGGCAGCAGCGGCCACCCCCGGGCUGGAUACCUGGAGCAGAGGCAGCCGCUGGAGACGGCCAUCCUUGCGCGCAAAGGAGCCAGGCAUGGGCGGCGGGCAGAGCUGGUCGUGGCAGCUGCUGGCGCUGGUGGCUGCCGUCUUGUCCCUGCCAGGGCUCAUCCCCGCGCAGAUUCGCUACUCCAUCCCAGAGGACCGGGACCCAGGCUCUUCCGUGGGGAACGUGGCGAAGGACCUAGGCGUGGACGUGCGGAGCUUGUCCGCUCGCCGCCUGCAGCUGGUCAGCGACGGGAUGCGCCACUACUUCCAUGUCAACCUCGCCGACGGCAUGUUGCUGGUCCACGAGAGGCUGGACCGCGAAGCUCUGUGCAGCUCCAGCCCCACGUGCUCCUUCCCUCUCCAGCUGGUGCUGGAGAACCCCCUGCAGCUACACCGGGUGGAGGUGGAGAUCCUGGACGUGAACGACAACGCCCCCAAGUUCCCGAAGGACAGGGUUUCCUUGGAAAUCACCGAGGUGGCCAACCCGGGCACCCGCUUGCGCCUGGAAGCCGCCGAAGACCCGGACACGGGCUCCAACUCCAUUGCCACCUAUGAGCUUAGCCCAAGCGAACAUUUUGCUUUGAGCAUUAACGUCAGGGGAGACGGGGUCAAAAUGCCCGAAAUUGUGCUGGAGAAGCUUCUAGACAGGGAAAAAGCCGCUGUCCAUCACUUAGUCCUGACAGCUCUGGAUAGUGGGAAUCCUGUUCAGUCUGGGACUGCCCAGGUGACAGUCCACGUCCUGGAUGCAAAUGACAACCCCCCUGUGUGUGACCCGCCAGUGUCCAAAGUUUAUUUGGAGGAAAACGUCCAGGUGGGGACUGUUGUAACUAAGCUCAAUGUUACGGACUUAGAUGAAGGUCCCAAUGGAGAGAUGGAGUAUUUCCUCAAAGCCAGCAAUAGCGCACCUCUGAAGCUCCUUGACUUGUUUAGCUUGGAUCCCCAGACAGGGGAGAUCAGGACCAAAGCUCUGCUGGACUACGAAGAAGCGAAUGCUUACGAGAUAGCUAUCUACAUAAAAGACAAGGGGUCCCCUGCCAUGGAGGGUCACUGCAACAUCAGAGUGGAACUUGUUGAUGUCAAUGACAACCGCCCAGAGAUUAUGCUGACUUCCCUCUCUAGCCCAGUGCAAGAAGAUGCACCCACAGGAACAGUCAUUGCCCUGAUCCAAGCAAAGGACAACGACUCUGAGGAAAAUGGGCAAGUCCACUUGGAGAUUACCAGGCACAUCCCGUUCAAACUGGUGUCUUCCUUUAAGGGACAUUAUUCACUGGUGACCAAUGGGCCCCUGGACCGAGAGAAGGCUGCUGGAUAUAAUAUCACAAUUAAAGCAACAGAUUCUGGAAUGCCUCAAAAAUCCACCCACAAAAACAUAUUUAUUCAAGUCUCAGAUGUUAAUGACAAUGCACCCACUUUCUCCAUCCCUUCAUACACUGCUCAUGUGGAGGAAAAUACUUCCCCUGGGACUCUAGUUUUUUCUCUGUCAGCCUCAGAUCCGGAUGCAGGUGUCAACUCCAAGCUGUCUUAUUCCAUUGUGGACAAUGGAAAUCAUGGCUUACCCAUUUCGACCUAUUUCCACAUCAACCAAGAGAAUGGCAGCAUUUACACAUCCAGGAUGCUUGACUAUGAGCAAGAGAAAGUCUUUCAAGUUGCAGUGGAGGUGAAGGAUUCGGGUUUCCCACCCCUGAGCAGCACAGCCACUCUUCACUUGUUUGUUGUGGACCAGAACGACAACGCCCCGGUGAUUGUGCACCCGCAAGUCUCCAAGGGCUCUGCCUUUCACCAGCCAGUUCUGCUCCCGGUGGAACCUGGAUUCCUGGUGACCAAAGUGGUGGCUGUGGAUGCUGACAGUGGCCACAAUGCUUGGCUGUCAUAUAGUUUGCUUCAGGAUGCCAAUGAAGCCACCCCGUUCAAAGUGGAACGCCACUCAGGAGAGAUCCGGGCUGUUCGGGCAUUGAGGGAGCCUGGGGUGUCCCACAGGUUGGUGAUAGAAGUAAGAGACAAUGGAGUGCCGUCUCUCUCAGCCUCACUGGUUCUUGUGAUUUCCUCAGAGGAUAAUGCUGUGCAGGACUUUUCCAAGUCCUUGGACCUUCUCCCCAAAUCACCUUCCAGAGCCCCCAGCCUAACUCUCUACCUUAUCAUCUCUCUUGUGGCCAUCUCUCUGGUCUCUUGUGUAAUGUUGGUUAUUGUGGGGGCCAGGUGCUUCAGAUCUGGCCUCUGUGUCCCCAGCUGGUUCAUGUCACACUGCUGUAGUAAGAGGACAGACAGGAAAUCCACCAUAAAUUUCACUGGGCGCCCACAUCCCGAAGGCUUUAUCAGAUACCUUGAAGUGGGCGGAGCUGGAGCUCAGCACUACAAGUCUUGUCUCUCUCCAAUGUCUGAACAGGGCGAAUUCUUUUUUGUUAAACCUUUCAGUCAUUCCACUACAGCAGAAAGCAUGCUUGCCUUUGAGCAGGCAGGCAGUGUUUUGCAGAGUCCCUCUGAUGGGGUAAGAUACACUAAAGUGAUUCUUAAAACAUUUCUGCUUGCAAUCCAUAAAUCCAUAUUUAUCUACCAUAUUUAUCUACCAUAGACUUCCAUCUGCUAGGUGUAAAGAGGUAAAUGAGGUGUGUAUGCAUGCGUGUGUGUGUGUUGUGGAGGGUGACAUCCCGGGGUUCCUUCAUUUUGCAGCUGUUAUGCUUUUUACAAGGUGCAUGUAGGGCUUUCAUUUCUUUCCAUGCUACACUCUCCAGCUGCCUCCCCCCACCCCAGGAGGUUCUAUGGUAAAUUGGGGUGAGAGGAGAAUGCAUGUGCAGUGGUUGCUCUUGACUGGGACUCCUGGGAAUAUGAUUAAAGGGUGGUAUAAUAAAACAAAUAUAUAGGGUGGUAAUCCAACACAUGCAUCCCAUCCGUGCAAGGAUUUCUGCUUGUGAAAUGGGGUCUGCCCCCUUCCCUCCCCCCAUUCUUCCUCUCAACAUGUUCAACAAACUCUCCCCAAAUCUGCUCCAGAGAGUUGAGGAACCUCCAGACAGAGUUAGGUGGUCACAGCAGGAGGGGGAGGGGGGAGGCAAGAGGCAAGGGGAGUCCUGUUGUGCAAGAGGAAACCCAUGUGCUGAUGGGACGUUUAGGUAGCCCUAUGCUGGACAUAAGGUCAGGUGGAUCCAAAGUCCUGUUUGGGUUGCUACUGUUGCUUGUCAGUUAGGCUUUUAAAAACUCAGUAGAAUUAUUAUUAUGCCACCCGUGUGCCCAGCACUUUACAGAGUAAAGAAAAGCACAACCCAUGUCCCUGCCACAAGAAGCUCUCGACCUAAAUGUAGUCAGAGAAAAGGGGGAGGCAAGUUUAGCGAAGGAUGAAUGAGAGCAGAUGCAGCUACAAACGAGCUCCGUUCCAGACCUUCUCUACAUGUGCAGCAAACAUUUGGGGAAGAAGCCAGAUCUGAACAGACUUUGACUCCACUCUCAUCUCAGCUGGAGAGGAAAGCCAGAGGUUUAAACCAAAGGCUUUAUGGAAGACGUUAGUUCUGAGCAGAGGUUCAAAGGAAGAGACUGAAAUGGGACCACAUCGGUGUAUAUGUUGAGGCAUCUUUAGCUGCAUCGUUUUGCACAGAUGUGCUUAAUGGAUCCUUUAGCAAAAGAGACUGUGAUGGUGAUGAUGGUGAGGAUAUGGGUCAAAAGGUGAGGGUUGCUGGAUUCAUUUUUAAAAGUACUCCCUACUCACCUCACUGCUACCAUUAUCAGAGUUCUGUAAAACUGUCAGGCAAAUCCAGAUCUAUCACCAUCUUAAGGUAAUAUUGUGGAAAAACUGUGAAGCUGCUGGUGUUACUUUGCCAUUUUGAGCAUGUUUUGAUUUUGACAUGUUGCAUCUUCGCCCCAAAAGCAGCCUGCAAGCAUUUAAAACAAGUACGUCUAAUAAAUACAUGAUUCUGUGACAUCACAGUUACACUUAAGUAGCACCUUAGGGGAAACAUCUUAUGACCAUUCACUGGGAAGUUCUUCUGUGCAAGUCCCAUUGAAGUAAAUGGGCAUUUCAGAAGUGCACAGCCCUUUCCAUAAGAGUGGCAGGAGCUAAGAGUGACUGCAAAUGAGACAGUAUAUUUUUAGCUGAAUUAUUUGGAUGUGUUAUAAUGUGAGUAAUUGAUACAUUUUAAAAUAUAAAUUUAAAAAUUUAAAAAUUUAUUUUUAAAAAUGAAAAUUUCCCAUUGGGUUAACACAAGGGAUAGGAAGCAGUGAGCCCUUGGUGAGAGGGGCAGGCUCAGCUUAUUUAAGAAAAAGCAACAAUACAAAAUUUACAUAUCAGUAAUUUUAACAAACUGCUCUUACUUCAAUUUUGCUUCUUUCCUGCUUCUAAAUUUUGCUGGCGCUAUGAAGAUACUAUGUGCAGAAAGAAUGCAGUAUUUUGCAACACAUGACACUCUGUUUUGCAAUCCUUAUCAUACACAGCUUUCACAUUCCAGCUUUUGCCACCUCGUAAAGAAAUAUAGCUGAAAUUUGAGCUUUUUGAGACUUGGGGACAGGAACUUAACCAUUUUAGGAAUGUCUAAAUCCACAUUUAGAAACUUAAAUAAACAGGUGCCAUUUUCUAAACUUCAGAAAACCACGGGUUGUGUGUGUGGGUUUUUUUAAUUCAGUGUGUGCUGAAGAUGCUCAAAAUAUAUUUAAAGAACUGCCUGUAUUUAGGUGUUUAAAUUUAGGAUUUAAGGUUUGAUUAUUGUAGCCUCUGGCUCUGCAAAUUAUAGAAGCAACUGAGGAAGUAAGUGUUCACAAUGAAUAACUCAAAGGAGGAGGCUUGUUUCUGCAUAUUUAGUCUGCAGAGAAAUAUAUGUAUAUUUAUACAUGCUAUAUACUGUUAUAUAUGAUAAUUUUACACAUACACAUACAUAAAUAGAUUUACGAACUUGUUUAACUGACACCAGUAGUAUAUUUUAAUCCUUUAGUGUUCACAGAUCAAUAAUCAGUAAAGCUGGAAUCCUCCUAUUGUCUCAACCCUAGCUUUGUCUACUCAGAAAUGAGUCCUAUUGAAUUUAAUUGGGCUUACUCUCAGGCAAGUGGGGUUUGGAUUGUAGGCAUAUAGUUUUUUAUUUGCAGGAUCCUAGGAGUCCAGAUUCACCUGACUCAAUUCUAAUUUUGACGUUGCUUGAAUAAGAUGUCGAUUACACCCUUGUAUCCUGAUCUUAAAACAUGUUUGUCCAUUUUGUUUAAGGAAAAAAACACAUAAACAACGGUUCGGGUGCCAAUCUCUCUAAUGGUGUGGAAUAUUAUUACUGAAGGAUUAAUGGAGGAGACUGACAGGAUAUCUGGAGUUUUGCAGCAUGCAUCAACCACACUGUGUCUUUCAGCUGUGAUCACAAAGAGCUAUUCAGACAUGCUGCUCAUAGUGGCAUUUUAUGUACUCCUUUAUUUACAAAAUGUCCAUUGUUCUAAUAAUACAACAAUGUGGGUGGAAAGUAAUACAUGGCUCAGUCUAUUCUGAUAUAGUGUCUUCUGUUGCGCCUUCAAAGAAAUCAUUAUUGUUGUGGGAAAUGGAAUUUUUAAUCUCAGUGGGCGAAAAAGAUUGCAAAGCUCCAAAGAUCAAAGGAAACAGAAGACAUUAAAUCAAAGCCCUAACACUGACCUGUUUCAGUAAAGAUUAUAAAUUAGGAAAUUCUAUUAGCAUUUCAGAUGUUGGUAUUCUCUCAGUACCAAUUAAUUCUGUUCUUCUCCUCCCCCCCCCCCAAAAAAAAUAUUAUUCCUGAUGUUCUGGUGUUCUCUGGUUUAAAUGAUGCCCCUUCAAGCUUAUUUCAUGCUUCAUUUAUUCAUGGAUAGUUUCUGACUGUCUUAUCUUCUACAAGAUUAUUUAGAUUACUUUCUUAUCAUGUUAACCAAUCACGCUUCUUUAGAAGUAUUUUGGAACAUAUAAUGGUGUUCUCUGCUUGUGUGUGCAUGUGUGUGUGUAUUUUAUAGCUGAGCUUCAUUUUAGGAAUAGAAGCAUUAAACCUCUCUUUGUGUUUCUCUUGCAGCAAGCACAACCUAACACAGACUGGCGUUUCUCUCAGGCCCAGAGACCAGGAACCAGUGGGUGAGUUAUUUAUUUUCUCAUCUUCUGCAAAGCUGUUCCAAAGUUCCAACUAUGGAUUUUAGUUCUGUGCUGUUGUGGAAAUGCACUGGAUAUAUGGAUGCGUAGCUGAGGCAGCAGCAGCCUGAUCUUUCUCUACAGCUGUUCUGCCACCAUUUCUAUAAUACAUUGUGCUAAAAAAUUUUUUGAAAAGGGUUGUGUGAGUUUGAAUCUAUGUUAUCUCACACUUCAGUUUUCCAUAUGCAGUGAAUGAACCAACCUAUGGAUUAAGGCAGGAAUGGGGAACCCAUGGUCCUCCAGAUGUGUCCAGACUACAGCUCCUAUCAUCCCUGACUGUUGACCACCCUGGCUGAGAGUGAUGGGAGUUGGAGUCCAACAACAUCUGGAGGGUCACAGAUACCCUAUCCCUGGGUUAAGGCAUAUUCCUGAGCUUCUUAUUAUACUGGUUGUCUGGUUCUACCUAUUGUUACCAAAAAAGAAGAGGCUGGGUUGUAAAUGAGAGGAUUAAAUGACUUACCAACAAUCUCUUGUCAAGCUAUUAAGCAAAUCCAACUGAGCUGAAUUGGUUAUUAUUAAAAUAGGGUUGCCAGUUGGCCAAAAAAAGGAAGCUCUCACCCCUUUGCCUCUGCAAAAGUCAUCAAGUGGUAGUAUGGAGCAAGGUGUUUCACCAUUAAUUUGCUGCAGAACAAAUUGCAGUUAAAGGGGCUAGCCAAAACUUGGAAUACAGAGUCAUGUAGAUUGGAGGAGGAUGCUGGAUGAUGAAAACAUGGUCUGAUAGCACUUUCUGCCUCCCUCAGAUAAUGAAUAUCUGAGAUAGCUGUGGAGAAAGCCAGCAGCACCCCAAACCACAGAGAACCAUGCUAGAAUGAAGCAACACCUUGAAAACUCCUUGACAUUGUUGCCAUGUGAUAAAGUUGGGCUCUGGCCUGCAAAAGAUUCUGCCAUUAACAUACACAAUAGCUUUUAAAGGUGCCACAGGACUCCUUUUGUAGGUUUUGCUUCCCUCUAUGGACCCAACACACUUAUAGUUCUGAAAACUGUCCUCUUUUUAAUCAAGGAUGUCAAGUUCAAUAUUGUCCAAAAUAAAUUGAAUAUAUAGGAUAUGAAUAGCCUUGGGGUGUUGUAACAAAUGAACAAAAGUUCCAAAGGAAAGAGUGGUGACAAUAUAGUAGCUUUGUAAAUAGAAGCUAUUAUCCCCUUAUUGAAAGUUGCAUGUGAGUGUGUGACUCAGGUGACUGUAAUUGAUCGAUUUAGCAAAAUUUAUAUACUGCUUGUUUAUAAACAAAACUUCUAAGCGGUUUACAAAAAAUAUUAUUAUUUAUUAAAUUUCUAUACCCACAGUGCCUCUGUCUUGCCAGGAUUCAAGCUCAGUUUAUUUUCCCUCAUAAAGUCCACCAUUGUAUUCAGGCCUGCAUGACCUCCCCUGAUUCAGAUGUUUUCAAAAAAUAGACCUGAGCAUCAUCAGCAUACAAAUGGCAUCCUGCCCCCAAACUCCUAAUGACUACUCCCAGUGGUUUCAUAGCAUUGGGGAUAAAACAGUGGCCUGUGGCAUAACUGCCAGGGAGCCAAAAAGCACUUUUCCAGUGUUCCUUUCUGGACUUGGUCCCAUAGGUGGGACCAGGACAACUGUAGUACAGUGCCCCCAGAUUCCCACUUCACAGAGCCAGUCCAGGAGGAUUCCAUAGUCCAGAGGUAUUCAUGGUCCAGUGUGCCGUGGCACCCCAGGGGUGCUGUGGGCAACACUGGCCUCUGUCCCUCUUUCUUUCUUUCUUUCUUUCUUUCUUUCUUUCUUUCUUUCUUUCCCUCCCUCCUUUGAUGCCUUCUCAAGUCUCAGCCUCCCAAAGAUUUUCACAGCUGUUUGUUGCAGCAGCCCGGGCUAUAAGCCCUGCAGGUGAAUGGUGCCUCCGGGAGACACCUCUCUUUGGGGCAGGGGGACCAGGGGUGGCAGCAGUGGCUGCCCAGAGGACUCCAAGGAGAGGGGAGGGGAGUGACACAACUGGGCUCCUGAGCCUCACAGGGGUGCUGCAGAAAGAAUGUGGUUGGUUAAGGGAGUUGUGGACUCCAAAAGGUUGAAAACCUCUGCCAUAGUCAAUGGUAUUGAAAGCUGCAGAAACACUGAGAAGUGGGAGCAAAGUUGCACUGCUCUCAUCCCAUUCUUUUUGGAGUGCCCCUGGACACCUCCAUCCAUAGGCACCAGCUCCUAAGGGCUGAGGCACUUUGCCCCCCCCCCAAAAUGUUUGGGUUUUCUGCAGAUUGAUGUUUGUUCUGAUUAAGCAGUAAGCAACGGGUUUUCCUGGGGAAAACAGCAGGACCAAAAAAACCCCCUCUCUGACACUUGAAAUCAUGAAACAAAGGGAAGGGCAGAUGGACCCUGAGCCACAAAUGUCUUAACUCUAGAACCAGGCACUUGUUUUUCAAGUUGCCAAUAGCAGGGUUGCGCACUUUUAAAAAAGGGUUCUGCUCCAGUGUCUUUUACUAGGGUAAUCAGAAGUUUUUAAAAGAAAGCUGAUGUAGAGCCAUGGCAAAGAGAUAGAGUGCUGACUCAGGAAGGCCCUGGUUCAAAUGUCACCUCUGCCAUGAAGUCAUAAUAAGGUAGCCCCAGGCAAGCCAUCUUCGCUCUCAUCCUCUGCCUUCCCACCCACCUGCCACUGCAAUCUGGAGGCUAACACUUACAGACGUGUUGUAAGGAUUACAUCAAAACAAUGCAGGCGGAGUACUGGUACAGAUGUUUCUUAUCUCUGCCCCUACUCUUUGUACCUUUAACAUCAGCCUGACACAGAGAAAUAUCUGGCAUAAAUAUUCAUGGUGGGGUGAGCUUUACCAGUUGUGGUCACCCUAGUUAUCAGAACGCACCUUGUACCCAAUUACAUUGGAAGAAGUAACUUGGGCCAUUAAAAAUAAUAAGUAUGGCAAUAUGCCUACUUUUGUCAUUCAGAAAACUCUGCAUUUAGUAGCAGAUGUUUAAGCAUCUAUUGGCCAAUUGAUCUUGACAGUCCUUUGAUUGUGAAACCAACAAUGGAGACACACCUGUCCCUGAGCAGAGUUUUUUUAGAACUUCCAGAGCAGGAGAACAGACAAAGUGGAUCUACUGGAUAUACAUUCUGAUAUAUUCUUAUUUUGCUUAGGGAAUUGACACAAGAAAGCUGGUGUCCACCAGAGUUGUGUUGCGCCCCCUGCCCACCCAACUCAUAAAAAUACUGCAAAUUGGAUAAAUCACCUGGCUGUUUUUAGUAAUAAUAAUAAUAAUAUCCUUAAAAAGAUGGAAUAUAUUAAAGAGGUAGCUUAGGGUAAAAAAGGAGGCACGUAAUGCCUGCAUCUGAAUAGAUCUGAGAUGCUUGUCCCAGCAGGCUUCUGCAAACUGAACUGCAGCUGUACAAGCAGGAAUACAUUAUGUGAAACCUUUUGCUCUCAUCACCACAUCUGCAUAAUUGGGGAAAGUGCCAGUAGUUGAAACUUUUCCCAAUUGCACAGAUGCCUAAUGAGAGGGAAAGGCUUCACUUGCAGAAAUCUUCUUACACACCUGUUAAAGGCUCAGAAAAUCUGCCAGAAAAUGUUGGCAACUCCAAUCCAGAAUGCAGUAAAUAUACUGUACUGUAGUAAAAUAGGUCACUGAGUGUUUGAUAAAGGGCUUUUUGUUCCUAGAUUAGAAGCAACAUCAUCAUAGAAGGCAGCAUUCUUCAGCCCUCAAGGAAAAGCUCAGUUUGAGCUUCCUGGUUGUCCAGACUUGCUGCUGCUGCUGCAGCAGAGCUGCCAACUUUUCAACCAGUCCCUUUAGCUCUUCCUUAACCGUUUGAGCUACAGCAGUGAACAGGUGAUUUGCUCCAUGGCAUGAAAAGCAUCACUUCUGAUUUCUUCCAGUCAGAGCCCUGUUAAUGGCACAGGAGGAUUUUUCCCCCUGAGCAGUUGCACAAAUGGCCAGUUCCAAAUUUUAGAUCAGUGUUUGGCCCGAUCAAUGUAUAUUCUCAGUGGUUUAAUUUCAUUUCGUCUUGGUCUACUGUUUCUGCCUCCAGUUCAGCAAAGCUUGUAGAUAAAAAUGGGGAGGCUCAUGAUACUCAGGGGUUUGUCUGUUGACUUUUUGGUUGGGAGAGGCAGUGGAGAUUGGACAAGAUGGGCCCACAUCCUCUUUGGUGGCAUGUGUGCUGCCCAUUUGCUUGCUCUCCUCCUUUGGGUCCAGCCCCACACUACUGCUGAAAGAGAGAGGUGGGGGUGGCUGCUGUUUCUGUGAAUUCACCUCCUCCUUGCUCUUGCCCCUGCUCACACGCUUGGAGUGGCAGGUGUGGUUCAGCUCCUGUUGAUUUGUGGUGGUGGUUAGAUCAUGGUGCUGAUAAUGCCAGGGUUGCCAUUUCAGCAUUCAUAGGGGCAGCUGCAUAAUCCUGCAUUGCAGCGGGUUGGACUAGAUGACCCUCAGGGUCUCUUCCAACUCUACAAGUCUAUGAUUCUAUGAUUCCUUCACAUCACUGGAUGCUUCCUGGGAUUGUGUGUGCUUGUGUGUUUCCUAGAGUGGCAGAGGACCGGAUAGCAACAGCCAGACAGGGCCUUCUCACUUGUAGCACCCCUGGUGGGGAUCUUCCUAGGGAGGCUUGCCUAGUGCCUACGUUAAUAUCUUCUAGGCACCAGACAAAUACCUUUUUAUUCCCCCAGGUUUUUAACUUCUGGUGCAUUUUUAUAUAUCCGCUUGGAUUGUUUGUUGUGCUCUCUCAACCAUUUUAUUGGUGAUUUGUGUUUUGCAGUCUGCAAGCUGUUGUAAUACUUCCUUGGAAACUCUUAACUGAAGAGCAGUAUAGAAAUGUUUUAAGCCAAUGAAUAGGAUUUAGCGGUGGACCCUCUUCUGUUGGGGCUUCGGUCUCUGUGGGUGCCUAGUAAUGCUGAUCCAUGGCACCGGCCCUUGUCCUCGAGUCCUCGACUAGUUCCACUGCAUUUUCUAAGCAUUUGCUUAAGUAGUAACUAGGACCUAAGACCUCUUUCUCCAGUCUUAUGCUCCCUUUAAAUGGAAAUAAAUCUGCAAUUUUUAGCUUUCUUACACAAUUGUCUGCAGUCCUGUUCUCCCAAAUAAGUGAUCUCCUGCAGAUUUGAUAACUGUGUAGUAAUCUGUGCGAUUGUCCGUAUUUUUUAUAGCAAAUCACCUGUGCCUUUUAAGUAUAUGAAAGCAGAAAUUCUGCAAGUGAAGUUUUUCCCCCCUUGCAUGGAGUGAUAAUGAAAGCCUCCAAUAACUGUGAUGAGGCAGAGGAGCACUGCUAGGGGGGGAAAUGUGGCGAUCCUAAUUGUCUAUAAUCGCCUGCAAUCUACUGUCUAUAUUUAAAUCAGCUUCUUAUCAUUGGGACAGUGCUAAUGAGGGAUUUUACUAGAAGCUUAGCAGCAGCUGUCCAUUAGUGUCCCUGGGCAAAGGUGACCAAUUGUAUCCUUACAACCUGUAGGGUUGCCACCUUUCUCACUGACACUGCUUCUCCACCUUUAAUAGCAGGUGGAGCUUCUCUUGGCAGGAAGAGAAAAUUAUGGGGAAAGCUCCACCCAAAACUAUUUUUGAAGGUACAGAAACAGUAUUGGUGUUUUUAAAGUAGCAGUCCAUUCCUCCCCGCCCCCACACAUACACACAUUUCCCCCCUUCACACAACUGCAUUUUAAUAAAUCAGUCGAACAUGAUACUUCUUGAAAUCUGAUUGCAAAUGGUGUCUGUGGCUCACAGUGCAGUUCAGAGAUUUUUUUUCCCAGGGCAAGAGAAACACAGUGGAUACUGAGAGACAUAAUUAGCAGGCAGGUGCUUUAAAUCAUUUGUGCCAUACCAGAAUUCUCUGGAGUGAAGUACUCCAGGAGCAGGGCUGCCACCUCGUCUUACUUGCCUUUAACGGCCAACCUUGCACUAGAAUUGCCCAUUUUUCAACUGGCUGAUGUAGCUGUGCUGUGUGUCCGUAUGCAAGCUCAUUGGGGUCAGAGUCUUUUCUUCACAGUCAGUAGCCCAGGAGUUUGUAGGUGGCAUCUCCAGAGGUACUUGCAGUGCAAGAUCUGCUCAGUGUUUGAAAUUGCUCUCUUCCCUCCCUCCCUACCAUCCACUGCCACUCCAUUGCCUUUCUGUUCUGAAAGGUGUCCCCCCCACUUCCCCUCCUUAUACAUGCACACAUAGACAAUGAAGGACCUUGGCUAGAAAGCCUUGCUUCCUUUUCCGAUCCCUGCCUUGCCCUGGGUGAGGAGGCCAUUGGUCCACUGAGCUCACCCUAACUGGCAGUAGCUCCCCAAGGUUCUCAGGCAAAGCUUUUCUGCCCUUCUGGCCAACAUCCUUUUAAUGAAAACAUUGCACCAGGGACCUUCAGCACGACAGCACAUCCUCCGCCAUGGCGUCUCCUCUUCUCUCGCAAAAGAAAAUCCAGCGGAACUAACACAUUCCAUAGAAAAUGCCAGUUAAAUGCAGCACAGACAUACAGUGGUUUAAUGGAAGAAGUGUUUGUGAUGCAAUUGAUGUAGCACGCAUACACAGCAGGUUGCCAUAGAAACUGCCAGUGUGCUAGAUACAGGAGGGCCUCCUAGCCUUCGGAAGAUGCUGAGCUGUAAUGGCUAGAGCUCUGCCAAAUCAGGAAGCAUUUCUUGGUUUUAUUUAAGCCGAAGAGCGGAUUAAUUCAUACCAGUACUUUGCAUUCCUGUUCUCGCCCCCCUCUGUCUUUCACACCAAGUAUGUGAAAAUAACACAGUGACAGAGGAAGGCAGGGUUGUACUUUACAUUAUAGCAUAACUGCAUAACCUAGGAUAUAAUAUUUUCUAGUUUGUUCUAAUUCUGUCUGCUAACUAGCCUGACAGCUUCUUCCUUUUCUGGGUUGCCCCCACUGUGUGAGGAGACACGGCUUUUUUUGUCUGAGCACCCCAACGGAGGGACAUUUGCCUAUGCUGGAAACAUAGUCAAGGGUGCUGCCUAUGUGCCAAGCUUCUUUGUCAUAUCCUGCAAUUUUUGGCACAGUAACUGAUUUGCUGUUCCACCCUUUUUGAAUGUAGGAUGAUUCUGAAGAGUACAAGGCAGUAUACACACUCAUACAAAGCAGCCUUAUAUUUUUAUUCUGCUUUCCCACUUGUUUAUUAGAUCCUCUACUUUUAUUGAUUGCACUAUUUCUAUUAGUUUCAUUUAAGCCUCCCUAAGUACUUGGCUGGCUGAAAGGCAGAGUAAAAAUGUGUGGCAGUAAGUCCCACUGAGUUCAACAGGGCUUUCUCCCGGGUAACUGGGCAUAGGAUUACACCCUAAUAAAGACAAGCAAUUACUCUGGUAGCUGGCAGUCUGUUUUAGUUCAGACUUUUCUACUAUCUUCUAAACAAACUUAAGAUGGCAAGUUUUAUUUCCUGGUUUUUAAUUAGAAACUAUCUCAGUUAAGUUUUCUCUUUUUUAGAACAAUACGGAUUAUUUUAUUGAUAAAUGGUCCUUUGGGAAUAACUGUAAAUAUCAUUUCAGCCAACAGCAUAUUUGGUGUUCAAAACGUAGACAUUGCAUUAUUCUCAGCAAAAAAACCAGCACUAUUCCUGGUGCUGAGCCAAAGAAAUAGAUGGGGGAUACUGCUGGUGUACAGUUGUCAUGGCCAGACUACCUUCUGGUGAGGCUUUGGCCUCAUAGCAAUAGUUAUCUCCUGUGUGAACUCAUUAAGAUGAUAUUGACAAGCCGGAACGUGUAUAGAGGAGGUUAGCCAAGAUGGUUAAGGGUCUGGAAAGUCAAAGUCAAAAUGUUUAUUCGGCUUUACGCCCAUCAUAAAACACAACAUACAAAACAAAUCAAGUAAAACAGCGGUCUCGUACAAGCCACAAGUAAUAUAACACAAUUCACAGCUCACAAGGACAAAUAUUGGCAAAUCAAAAACAGAAAUUUAAGAUUAAAGUUAAAAAUUUAGGCACUACACUAGAAUCAAUAUCUGAUGUCAAUAUCAAAAAUUCUUAUAACUAUCAAUAAUCAGCUAACAUUCCAUUCCGUCUCUUGUACGAGAGAACGGCUGUUAGAAAUUUAGCAACCUGUAGAGUAAUAUAAGGAUCUACAUCUUGAAGAACCCAGGCAAGCUGAAGGUCUACUGGUUUGUCAGCCAUAGGCUGGAUUAUGGAGUUUAGUAUACUAGCACGAACUGAACUGUACAUAGGGCAGAUAAACAUAACAUGAUGUAAAGAUUCAGAUGUUUUCAUUUCACAAGCACACAUUGAAGGGACUUGGCCCUUAGUGAAUCUAUGUCUCAGCACGUUUGUUGGAAAACAUUGAACCUGGCUCUAAUGAAGGCAUAUCGGUGAGAUGCGGCUAUAAGCGAUGUUAAGUAGGACGGAGCACGAUAGAUAGGGGUUAUGCCGAGAUUUAACGGCGAGCAGGCUCCACCACCAGCUAAGAAAUUUUGGUAUAGCUCCACAUCAUCCAGCCUUUGAUUUAUACACCUUUUGCCAGCGUUUAGAUCCAGUUUGAGCAAUUCCGUGGGCGAGAUCUCAUAGGACAGCAAUUUGGCAUGGAUUUUUCCUGACCACAAAUUUGUGAAGUCAUCCCGCCACAUGCAUUGAAUGAGAUAGUGGUUCGGUAGUUUAUGCCAUAGGGAUAUCCAGUAAAUCAAAACUCUCCUCCAUAAAACUAACUCCACUGAGGGGAUCUUCAUUUCUAAGCGAAUAGCCGCAUUACUUACGCAUGUUGGUAGUUUUAAAAGUCGGCGUAAGAAUUGGCUUUGAAGCGACUCUAAAGAUGAAAGGUUUGCAAAGGCAGCCCAUAAAGGUGCAGCAUAGGCCAUUGUGGCCAUCACUUUGAUGCUAUACACUUUCAAGGCCGCAGGGAUGAAUAAGGCCCCCUCAGAGUAGAAAAAACGGAGGAGGGAGUGUGAUAGGGCUUUUGUCUUGUUUUGAAGAUAUUCAACGUGCGCUUUCCACCCUAAAUUAUAUUGAAAAUAAAUUCCUAAAUAUUUAAAUUUAUGUACUUGUUCGAUUUUCGUGCCCUCCAAUUUCCAUGAAUAUAAUUUUCGACUCCUUGAAAAUAUCAGAACUUUGGACUUAGUGUGGUUGAUAGACAGAUGAUUAGAAUGGCAAUAUGAUGCAAAAAUCUUUAGUGCCCUCCUUAAACCCACUCUGGAGUAAGAGAGUAGUACCGCAUCAUCUGCGUAGAGAAGUAAAGGACAACGAUAAUCUGCUAUACGGGGGGAGUGGAUAAAUUUUUGUGAGUCGAUUAAUGGGUUCCUCAUAUCACUGAUAAAUAAGUUAAAAAGAAGAGGCGCUAAAAUACAACCCUGGCGUACACCCUUAUUUACUGGCACUGGGUUAGUUAGGUCUCCAGCUGGGGAUAUUCUUACCCUGGCCACGGACCCGGCAUGAAGUUGGGAGAUAAGCCACAGGAGCCUUCUAUCUAUUCCCCAGCAGGCAAGUUUAUCCCAUAGUAAUUGCCUCGGAAUACUAUCAAACGCAGCUUUCAAAUCUAUGAAGGCUGCGCAAAGUUGGCCCCGUCGAGGUGUCGAGUAUUUCCGGGCUAGGUGAUAAAGAAUAAUUGCCUGAUCUGUUGUGGAUCGAUUUAAUCUAAAUCCAGCUUGCUCAUGCCCAAUCAGGUCAGCCUCAGCUGACCACUUCAUCAGCCUUGCCAGCAAAAAACGGGCAUAUAUUUUCCCAAUGGACGAUAGCAGACUGAUAAUCCGGUAAUUCCCUGGGUCACCGGGCGGGCCUUUUUUGUAGAUAGGAAUUAUAAUGGCCUGGAAAUUAUAAGGGUCUGGAAACCAAGCCUUAUGAGGAAUGGUUGAGAGAGUUGGGUAUGUUUAGCCUAGAGAAGAGGAGACUGAGAGGAGAAAGGUUAGCCAUUUUCAAAUCUCCCUCGGGAGGUUGUGGACUCUCCUUCCUUGGAGGGUUUUAAGUAGAGUUUGGAUGGCAAUCUGUCAUGGAUGUUUUAGCUGAGAUUCCUGCUGCAUUGUAGGGAAUUGGACUAGAUGCCCCUUGAGUCCCUUCCAACUCUAUGAUUCUAUGAAAUAUCUAAAGGGCAGUAGUGUGCCCAUUCUUGAAGGAUCCUACCCUGGACCCAGAGUUUUUGACAAUACUGCUUUGUCACAAACACCCUGUUUUAGGUGAAGGUUCUAGAGAAGCUAGUGGCAGCUCAACUCCAGGUACUAUUGGAAGAAGCAGAUUAUCUGGACCCAUUCCAGUCUGGGUUUGGGAAAUGAACUGGCCUCAGUCACCAUGGUGGAUUGUAUUCUUAGUAAGUGCCCAGUGAUUACUUUUUUAAAAGUAUUUUAGAGUAUAUUGCGGACAUUGGGAAAACAUUGAAGGCCAAGCAGUGAUGGAGUUGCAUGGUUGUCCCUACAGCUGCACUUAUUUGGAAGUAAGUUCUGAUUACUUUGAAUCAGUGGGACCUGCUUGUAAGUAUACAAAUAAGGUCAGACUAUAAAUCAAUGCAAGAAGUAGACACCAGGAUAUUAGAAUUAGCUGAGUCAACAGCUCAAGUAACAGUUUUACAGGCAGUGUGAAGUGGUUCUGCAGCUGAAGGGAUCUGCUUUGGCAUCUUGAUUUGGUAGAAAGUGCUGCCAAUUUCCCCGUCUCCCAUACCGCCUUUUGUUUUAAUGUAAGCAGCAAAUAGAGCUUUGUGGGUCCAAAAGCCUUUGAUUGCACCCCUUCAUGGAUGUGACUUGAUAGAAGGGGGGGAGAGUUUUAUUUUCCCGUGGCAUUGUGCCACUUAUUGUUAAAAAAUGAAAUAUAUAUGAAACACGGCUUUUCAAGAAUGAGAGAGAAACAGUGGGUCUCCUAAUCCACCUGGAUCCUUGCACCCUGACAUGAAACUCCUGGCUCACAGUUUCAGAAGAGAGGAGUAAGAAUCUACCAUUACUUAUUGUCAGGAUACAGAGGCACAUACUCAGGCACAAAUGCAUUACAGACUCUCCAAUUGUCCCUAUUUUCCAGGGAUGUCCCUGAUUUAGAGACCCCAUCCAUAUUUCUCAUUUGAUCCCAGAAUGUCCCACUUUCCCUUAGAAUGUCGCUAUUUUCAUUGGAGAAAUGUUGGAGGUUGUAGAGUUAUCUGACCCCUGAGCCAUCUGAAGGCAAUCCUGUUUAGGGAAGUUUUUUUUAAUGUUUCAUGUUUUAUUAUGUUUUUAUAUAUGUUGGAAGCUGCCCAGAGUGCCUGAGGCAACCCUGUAAGAUGUGUGGGGUAUAAAUAGUAAAAUUAUCAUUAUGGAAUGGAACGUCCCUGUUCUCAUCGGAGAAAUUUUAGAGGGUAUGACAACAUAAUGUGUAACUUAUGUGUUGAGCUUCUUAACUGUGUUCAGCAAGUUAUUGUCAGUAUCCUAAGUACACUAAACGGGCAGAAUGCCCUGCUAAACAGCAUGCCCAGUUAUUGGGGAUUGGGGCUCCAAUAACAGUAAAUUCCAGAGGGGUAGACCUGUGAGCAGCAAAAAUAACAGAUGUUUUUGUCAUUAUUGUGGUAUGUGCUUUGUGAAUCAUGAGUUGCAUGAAAUACUGAGGAGAAAACUUCAUGCAUCUGCCAAAGUAGGCUCUAGUCCACAAAAGCUAAUGUCACAAUAAAUCUGUUUUAAUGUGCCAUAAGACACUGUUGUGUACCAGAGAGAAUGUCUGUAGGAAAAGUUUUUUUCUUUUCCUUGCAUAACAAGCACUCUUGCACAACUUUUAAAGGGACAGUAGGUUUGCUUUGCAGUAGGUUCCCAGUUAAGAGUACACCCAUGAAGAAAUUAGUCCCUCAAAAAAGGAUACCUCCCUUGUACCUUGUGCUUUCUCCCCCCACCCCCCCCACCCCCCCAAAAACCAAUAUUAAGAAUAAACUGUGCUGUGUGUGCUUUGUGGAGGAAGUGAUCCCUUAGAUUGUUAGCACUGUGUCUACUCUGCCUCUUUUUAAUGUUUCCUUUGCUUUGCUUUCUCCUUAGGUCUCAGAAUGGGGAUGAGAAUGGGACUUGGCCAAACAACCAGUUUGAUACAGAAAUGCUUCAAGCCAUGAUUCUUGCAUCAGCAAAUGGUCAGUUGCAGCUAACAUGUUCACUAAUGUUAUUACUUUCAGCUGUGCUGGGAGUGAGCGGAGGGGGGGGGUGUGGAGGAUAUUUAAUGUACAUGCCUGUAAAAGUUUAUGCAGAAAGCUUGUACUAAAACAGCUUCAGGGUUAUGGCAAGAGAGCCAAGGUUUGCAUGCUUCCUGAAUAGCUGUGCCGCUAUUUAUCACCAUACAGAAUUCCAUGGCAAAUGGGCAGCUGGCUGGUUUGCAACUCUUUGUAGAUUAAAGGGCUUCUUUGUUCUUAGAAUAACUCUAAUCUCUUAGUCAAUUAAUGUUUGUAUACAGGAUUUUUUUCUUUUAAAAAAAAGCUCAACAUAAAAAUAGCUGGAGGCGGGUUCCCAAAUAUUGUUCACAUAGCUGCCUACACAUCUUAAACAGUCCUGGUUAACAGUUGCUCAGGCUGGUUUAGGACACUGACACGCAACUUUGGAAUUAAAGCAUUUACAUUUUAAAACAGAGAGGGUUAGAAUGCGGAAGUUCAGUUCAGCUCUGAAAUGUGUCUUGGUAAAAAUAGCUUUAGGGGGUCCAUAUGUUCACCACUGUCUCUCAGCAAAUCCAGAUCCAAUUUCCUUGCUUUGCGAAUUAAAGGAUUGCUUUUGAGCUGUCUUCUGCACAGUUCCAGGGACCAGGAAGUCAGAAGCUGCCCCACAAAUUGCAGAUUGCCUGAUGAGCAGUGGCAGACAAGCCAGAGUUUAACUUUAUAAAGAGAAUCUCAGACAAAAGUCUCACAAUUUAUUUUAUUGUUGUUAAUGUUUAUUUGUCACUUUUCUAACACAGAAGACUGUCCCAAAGCAACUUAACUGGAUAAGACAUUAAAACUCUGUAUAAAAUACAGUCAUACCUCGGGUUGAAGUCGCUUCAGGUUAAGCCUUUUCGGGUUGCGCUCCGCGGCGACCCAAAGUGAUGGAGUGUGUUACUUCCGAGUUUCGCUGCUCGCGCAUUUGCAGACGCUCACAAUGACGUCAUGCGCAUGUGCAGAAGUGGCGAAUCGCAAGACGCACGGACACAGGUUGCGUUCGCUUCAGGAUGCAAACGGGGCUCCGGAACGGAACCCGUUCGCAUCCAGAGGUACCACUGUACAAUACCUUAGCAUGCUGACCUAUGAAUAUGAAAGCAUCACUUACUACCCUCCCAAUUAAUAGUCACAGCCCUGGGUAAACAAAUAGGUUUUAGUCUGGUGCCUAAAAGCAAACAGCAGUGGUACCUGGUGAACUUCCCAGGUGCAUUUCACAAACGGGGAGCCGUCACCCUCCACACCUCCCUCAGAGAAGGCACACCAAGAAGGACCUCUGUUGAGAUUUAUGUGGGGUCACAUGAGGAGUGGUGGUUCUUGAGGUAUUGGGGUCCUGUUGUAAACAAAAAUAUGCCCUUUUCCCUUAUGGGGUACCCAAGAGCCCAUAUAGAGUCCUUACAUAGGUUUCCUAUUGGUAGGAGAAAAUAACAGCGGCCAACCAGAGAAUAUUGAGAAGCAAAGCAGCUAGUAAGCUUGAUCUUUAUUGAUCUGUUGCAACAGGGUGCUCCCCUCACAUGCAGGAAAGGAGGAGGACCCAGAAAAAUGCUGUGCAAGGGCUUAUAAAGACUUUUGAAAUUCCCAUCCUGUAGAUCAAGACCACCCCCAGAAACAUCAUACAUACAUCACGUUAGGGGUGCAACCUAAGACCACCCCUCAGAUACAUCACAGAAAAGGUGGUCUUAAAACAGAAAUUUCAAUAUGGCUGUGUUAGUAAAAACCAGCACUUUGAAUUGAGCCCAGAGACCAAUUGGCAGCCCCUGCAGGCCAGAAUUGGUGUUAUAUACUCAGAUUGCCUUAUCCCAAUCAGCAAUCUGCCUGCCAGCUUCUGAACUAGCUGCAGUUUCCAAACCAUCUUCAAAGGCAGCUCUGUGCGUAACACAUUAAUCUAAUUUAGAGGUUACCAGAGUGUGGAUAACAGAAGUUAUCACUGUCCAGAGGUUAUCACUUGUGCCUCAAGUGACACUAAGAGAUCCAGAAGUAGCCCCAAACUGUGUACCUGCUCCUUCAGGAGGAGUGUUAACCCCAUGCAGAACAGGCUGAACCCCAGCCAUCCGGUUUAGUGAAGCACCCAGUAACAGCACCACAGUCUUAUCUAAAUCAAGGUUGAUGGCUCCCAUCUAAUCCAUUUAUCAGUGCUAGGCACUUGUCUAGCAUAUCCAUCACAACUCCUGCUGCAAAGAGGGCAACAGAGCUGCAUAUCAUCAGCACAGUGCUAGCACUGCACUCCAAAAUGCAAAGGGACCUUACUCAGAGGUUUCAUGUAGAUGCUAAAUUGCACAGGGGAUACAACUGACCCCUGUGGAACCCCACUUUGGAGGCUCCAUGGGGACAAACAACAAUCCACAAGCAUUCCAUUCUGUAAAUGCAGCACAUUCCCAUCCACACUGGAUCCAAAACACCACAAAAUUAGGUAAUCACUUCACAAACUGGCUGUUAUCUGAAUGUUGAAAUCCCUGACAAUUGCUUAUUUAAUUGCGUAGUUAAAAUUGCAAAAUGCACAUAAAACUAAUCCUUCUGAAGACAAUGUGUUUUCUGGAUCAGGUUAUUCAGAGGCUGACCUCAGUGGGACUUACUGUCAAGGAAAUGUGCAGAAUUGCAGCAUGCUUGCAAGUUUUAGAUGUGAUAUCUUGCCUGGGGGUAAACACGGCUAGCUAAUCAUCACAUUUAUCCUUGCUGAGCUGACAUCUCCAAGUGGUUUGUCCACACGGAGCAUUAUUUAGCUGUUAAUCCACUUUCCCCAUGCUCAUAGGGCCAGCAGCAGUGCCUCUGCCCAUGGAGCCAACUCCCACGGCAGCCAAGGCACCCAAAGGUCUCUUUAGCUCCCUCCCACCCAGUGAGACCAGUCAGGAGGAAGUGAUCUAGCAGCUGCUUGUUCUGUGGGCAAGUCCAGACACAGACAAUGAGGAGUAAGUUGUGUAAGGAAAGAACACUGCCAAAGCCUCUCUUCCUUUGGCACCUUAGAGAGGAUGGAGGUAAAGGACCUGCAUGUCAGGAGGCAAAGAGCAGGACCAAUGCUUUGCUGGGACCAAACGGGGAGCGCCCUGGCAAGGCUGGACAGAUCUCCCAGGCGGGCCACCUGUUUUCUACCAGAGAGAGCCCACUCUGGAUCUACAAAGGGGAUCUGGUAGAAAGGGAAACAGAGAAGCUGUAGCAGUUCCUGGGGGGAAAGGCAGGCUCUAGCUGCCUGUGCAGCACACACAUUUAAGAGAUUUCGGUGCCUGCUAUUUGCGGAACCUCUCUCCCAAGCCACAUAAUGGGCUUAGUUCAGCAAAGCACACAAGCAAGCGAGAUGCUUUCAAGCAAUCCUGCUGUUCACGUCAGUGCUUUCUAAUGGCCAUUUAAGCAGAUUUCCCCCAUUAUUUUUGCCAAAUGGAGGUGGGAGGGGUUUAUUAAGCAUUCCCCUCUUGUCUUAGCUGUAGCCUCUGCAAAUCAACACGGAUAGUGGUUAACGUCUGCUCCAACAGGCCCUGUUUGCCAAGUCCCUCUUCACAGUCAGGGUUCAUCCAGACUUUAUUUGGUGCUGUGCUUCUAGGCACAGGUCUGGGCUUCAAAGCUCUGUGUCCAAGCAGUUUUGUUUUGUUUUGGGUCCUGGUGCUUACCCCACGGAAACCUGCUCUUCACCACUGAAUCAGAGCAAAAGGCAUUUGGAGUUUCUAUGGAUUGACAUUUAAUCUGAUUCAGUGGUAAAACGUGGGUUUUCCCCAGGGAAAGCGCCAGGACAAAAAACAAAACCAAACGCUGCUUGGCUACGGAGCUUUGGAGUGCGGACAUAUGCCUGGAAAGUGCAACACAAAAGAAAGCCCUAAAUCACUGCCCUGAGUUUGUAGUCCAGGGAGCGUGGCUUUUAAAAAAUAGGUUACUGUGUCUAUACAUUCACUGGAUUUGCUGCUCGCUUUAGCUCCCCCCACCAAAGGCUCUGGAGAUCACAUCUCUGCCAAGCGACUGAUGACUAUCCAAAUGCUUCCAAAUGUAUUUGAGUUGCAGCUAUUCUGCAGUAACUACAAGCAGAUGCAUUUGUCUAAUAAAACGGUCUGUAAUGUUGGGAUGUUGUUUUUUUCAAAGGAAAGCUAUUUUUGUUGCGCAGUUUUAGCCCAACGUAACGCCAAUACUGAAUAGUGGAUGUGAACAGCCAUUCAGUCCAUGGUGUGAGAAUAGGGUCUGUAUUUUUAUCUUUUGAGGCCAUGGGGUUAAUCUAUUAGUUUCAAAUGAAACUGCAUUGAAAUAUUGACAAUGCUGAUUAAAAUGCAGCUGUUUAUAUUUGACUCAGCUACAAACGCAGAUCAAUUUUUUAUUUUCACCUUAUCCUUCAAAAAAAUGUGACGGUGCUGUGAGCUACCUAUCUAUGUGCAGGGAGGUUUUGGCAGCGGAGCAUUCAAAAAACAAAUAAACAAAAAUGGUUGUUUCCCCCAUACAGUGGUAACUUGGGUUAAGUACUUAAUUCAUUCCGGAGGUCUGUUCUUAACCUGAAGCACCACUUUAGCUAAUGGGGCUUCCUGCUGCUGCCGCUGCGCAAUUUCUGUUCUCAUCUUGAAGCAAAGUUCUUAACCCGAGGUACUAUUUCUGGGUUAGCAGAGACUGUAACCUGAAGUGUAUAUAACCUGAAGCAUAUGUAACCCGAGGUACCACUGUAUUUUGAAAAUACAAAAAUAUGAAGUGGCUGCUACAUUUUAUAUUUACAAAAUAUGGGGGGGGGCAGCUAUGGUUGUUUUCUUGUCCCAGUAGCUGUUGGUGCAACCUGAAAUCUGUUUUGCACCCAACGGAGACUAAUCUAAACAUUCCCUGCACUCAAAAGUAGCAUUUUUGUUUAUCCUAAGAAAACUAAUGUACUGUGGAUGAUAUCCAGCUAAGACAGGGUAGAUCCAUUAAAAUCAAUAGACCUAGUUAAUCCACUGAUUUCACUGAGUCUAAUCUGAGAAUGACUAAUGUUGGCUAUCACCCUUUCCUUACAAGCGUUGUGCAGGAUCCCACCAUCUUCUAAGCCAGUGUUUGUCACACAGUGGCCCUUGGGCCACCUUCAGGGGGCCUCAUUGCCACAGUCUGCCCUGGCCCCUAGCCAUGCCACAGCCUUUGGGCUGGACCAACACCUCCAUUUGUGCUGAGUAAAGGUAACCAGGAGACAAAGAAAUUGGAGAGGGGGAGGAGAGGAGAAGGUUUCCUUCCUCUGAAGGGAAAAGGCUAGAGGAGGUGUUGAAUGAAAUUAGAAAGCAAGAUAACUGGGAAUAGAAAGGAGGAAAAAGGAAAGAAACUGGCAAGGGAAGAGGGGAGAGUUAAGUUGCAAGUUGUCUGUGAAAGGAGAAUGGGAGAUGAAAUUAGAGGAGAUGGGUGGGAAGGAAAAUAUAUAAAAGCAAAGCCUUCUCCACCUAGAACCUCUGGAUCAGCAAAUUCUACCUAAAAUGGGGAGGUUGAGUCAUAAUACCUCCAGUGUCAGUCCUUAGCCUGAGUAGAGCUGAGUUUUGAAGCAUCUUGCCACAAGGAAAGGGCUUUGGUAAAGAAUCUAGCAGUUUCCAAAGAUGGAUAAGAUAUCAGUAGAAAAUAUCAAUCUUUGCCUUCAUCUGCCACCACAUUGUGACUGGCUCUGCCUGUACUGCCAUUUUGUGACUGGUGGGCCUCAGUAAUUUUCAGCCAUCUCAAGGCGGUCCUGGGUACAAAAAGUUUGAGAAGCCUUGUUCUAAACACUUUCUAUGGUCACUUGGAAAAACUGUGCUUAACUACAGAGACUGGGGUGACAUCCACCAUUAGCCAUAUUCAGAGGUCAUUCAUAGAUUGCAUGUUUAAUGAAGCACAAUGAAAUGGUCAAUCCAUGUUUCUCUUUUUAGUAAGUCUCUUCCUCAUCCAUUAGCAUGGUUGUUGAGAGAGAGAGAGCUCUGUGAGAAACUAUUAUUUGCAAAGGUUCUGAAGAGCCUAGGAAUCUCUUCAAUUAUUUUUAAAAACGAGUUCUUUUGAAGCAUCAAAGAGAAACCCUCUGGGUCCAUAUCCUAAGGCAGGCAAAUAGGGAAGUACAGCACAGAUUAGAAUUAAAGCACCGUAGAAAAUUAGAAAUUCCAAAGGGCCUAAUUUUUACAUCCUGAGUAGAUAUUUUAGAGAUAGAUUAUUUAUUUGGUUGGUUAAAGAAAAAAAAGAGAGCUUUAAGAGGAUGUAAGCAGAUGAGCUAAGAUUGCAUGGGGCAGAUGGGAGCGAACCUGGCUUCUGUGCACAUAGGAGACUUGCAUUCUGUGAUAAAAGGAAACUGCCUGGUGGAAUGUUGUUGCCUGGAUUUUUAGACACCACCUGUCUGCAGGCCCCAGCAGGUCUCCCUGAACUGAACUGUCUGCUGUUAAAUAAAGGUCCGAGCAUUUGUGGUGGUCAAAGCUCAGGCAACAGACAUAAGUGUCCAUAGCGCCAGUGAUAAGCCCUUGAGCUCUCUGGGCAGGUUCUGUUUUGGAAACAAGCAGAGACACAAGCUCAUUUAUUUUUUGCCUGUUCUAAGAUUUGCUUUCCUAGCCUCCUGUUGGCCAUAAGGGGUGAGACACAAAAAUUCAGGUCAAUGUGAGCAUGAAAUAAAUCAGAGUCUACCUGGGAGAAGGAGGAGGAGGAGGAGGAGGAGGAGGAGGAGGACUUCUUAACCUUUUCAUCUGCUCUAAAUCGCUUCCCUAGUCUUCUGCUCCACAGCUUCUCAGGCUGUUUCUCCCCACAGGGAGCCACAGGAGGAAGAGAGGCCACGACUUGCUCCCAAUAGGGGAGGAAGGCAGCUUGAGUAAAGGAUUAGGCAGCCCCUUUCCCCUUGGGACCCUGCCUGUGGUCCUCUCAAGAUUUUAGCCUCUCACAGGUGCUUUCCCUUCAAAUCAAACUGUUCUAUGAAAAAAGAUCUGCAACUGUAGGAGUAUAGAAAGCAGUCAGCGUAAAAACCAGAACAAGAAGCUAAGACGCUGCAAACAAGAAAACAAAAGAAAGUUAAGUUUUCAAGGUGCCCCAUAAAAGUUUAUUGUGAUGAUUGAUUCUCAGCACAUUUCUGAAAAGGUUUGCAUAUUUUUAGGGGCAUUUUUUUUUUUUUUUUUGGAACACUGGUGAAACAUAAUGUUGAGGCCAAAUGCAGCUUAUUAGAAAGCUGGAGUGUAUAUGUGCAUAAUAUGCAUAUAAGAUACAAUAAUAGCUAAUAUUUUUAAGCAGAACUGUGGGGGAAGCUGGUUUCCCAUUGAGAUUAAGGAGGGAAACAAGAAAUUGGGGGGGGGGGAGACCUGUGCAUAUUGAAAAUCAAGACUCCAUCCAUACCCGAGGUCCACCAACUGAAGCCAGGCGCAACAGGGAUUUACGGAAAGGAGCUACAUAGAAUUAAGAAAUAGAGCCUCUCUUAGCAUGGUCAUCUCAGGAGUAUUAUUAUUUUUUUCGUACCAGAACUGAGCUCACUGUCACAGAAAAAUCUACUCUGGGUCCUGCUCUACCUAAACAUUCUUCCCCUUCGCAGCCAAAUUGAGAAAGAAAACAACAGCUGCUUAUUAAACAAUUGGGAGUCAGGAACCCUCCCCAGACAAUCUACUGCAAAUAACCCAGAGGUCUGCCAGUAGAUCUUGACAUACCUUCUGCCCACCUCAGAGCUAGAGCAAGGCUAGGCAGAAGGCGAAUGGUGAGUGACUGGCAGAGUUACUGCAGACCCUCUGUUGCCUGGUAGUUGCUGGACUUACAUGGGUCUUGAUCUGGUACAGCAAAGCACUUCUCAUGUUCUUAAGCAAGAGGGCAGAGAGGGGUUCAGUCGUGCGAUUGGUACAGACUGAUCACUCAAUAUUUUUUAACAGUUAAAGUAUAUGUGCUCUCUUUCUUUAUAAAUUUAAUCUUCUGCGUGGGGCAACUGACGUUUGACUUAAUAAAUAAAUUAACCAAAGACCAUACAAAACUAGAGUCUGCCAUUCCAUGCACUUGGAUGUUAUUCUGGCACCCGGCUGCUAUUUUUCAUUUGAGGAGCCUGCUGUGCAUAAUAAUCAAAGCCCAUCUCAUGCCAGAGGGCAGAAAAGCUUUACCAGGGCAGCUCAAUUGGACGGUCUUUUCUCAUUCGAGUUCCUCAGUCAAAUUACAGCACAGAAGUGGGUUGGUAGGUCACUAAGAAGAGAUAAGACAGCGGAGAAGACAGAUUGUCCUUUGCCGUUUUAAAAACACAACAUGUUUAGGGGUAUGUGUACCCCUGCAUCCCCCCAGAAAAAAGCACUAUUUAAAACCCAUUAUUAAAAACCCAUUCAUAACUGCUAACUCCUGGACAGAAUGUCUCUCCUCUAGCCAAAAUCAAAAUAGUUAAGUCCAUUGGCACAAUUUUAAUACCUCUUCCUGUUCCUCCUUGCUCUAUUGUUGUUACACAUUCAGUAUUUUCAUAGAUUCUUCAUAUUUUGGGAAGUCAAAUGAAAAGGAAGCUCCAGAAAUAAGCACGGCACAAAGAAGUCCAUAGAAGGGUAUACAGGCAAAUGUAUUCAUCAUCAACAAAAGCUGAGUUUCAGGCCACAGAUGGCUCAUCUUCAGUGAAUCUAAAAUAAGUAGAAGCAUUUGUAUUUUAUAAAAUACAAAUAUGUCAUUGUUUACUGUAAAAGGAGUGUUUAUCUCUCAUUAAAGCCAACUGUUAAAAAAUGGAAAACUUAAGUCUAUAGUGCAAAAAUUACAGGGACACACCCCUAACCCACACGCCUGCACACACGCACCACUGCUGCUGUAAUACAGCCGAUUACAAUGCAAGGCAUACAAAUGAGAGGUCACAGAAGACACACAACACAGCACCCAUGUGGCUCCCUGGCCAUGAGGCUCCCUGCAAAAAGCACACAGCCUUUUUGGGAUGAGGGUAUAACACCCACCUUUUUCCCAAGCAGCCCAGGCAUGCAACAAGGGCAUAGUAGGAUUGCUCCUAACAGCUCUGAGUGUGCUAGCAAGCCUCUAUUUGUUCUUGCCUAGAGUUUUCCCUUCCUCUCCACUCGGAUACUCUGGGCUUCAGGGAAAAGCAGGGAUUUAUUUUUGCCGGACUGCAGGAUUCCACUUCUUCAAACCAGAGCUCUCUGCCUUAUCACUCCCAAGCCUUGUGCACAUGCCAAAGAGCUUGCUGUUCAUAAGAAUUCUGGGGGUGGGGAGGUGGGCUGAGUGCAUCUUCCCUAGAUGAUGUGUAGUGGAGACCCUAAAUUAUACAUUUACAUCUAGCAACGACUAUGCUAAGAAUUCGCCCUUCUGACUUUUCUCCUCCUUCCAAUCUCCUUCUCUCAAUCCCCCUCCCUGUGGUGGUGUAGAAGCCGCUGCCGCCGCCGCUGCAAAUCCUGAUGGAAAUUCUACUCUGGGAGGAGGAGCAACAGCAGCAGGCACAAUGGGCCUCAGCACCAGGUAUGGCCCCCAGUUCACCCUGCAGCACGUCCCUGACUACAGACAGAACGUGUACAUCCCUGGCAGCACAGCCACUCUCUCCAAUUCUGCAGCCAAGCGGGAUGGGAAACCUGCAGCCUCCGGAGGUGGAAACAAGAAGAAGUCAGGGAAGAAGGAGAAGAAGUAA